AUGGCAGCUUCAUGUUCUGGCAAUAUUACGGAGCCGAAUGGGAACUUUAAUGACGGAGAGAAUGAAAUUAUUUUAGAAAAAAUCAUGGCUGAUUGGGAUAUAUUAAAUGCGCAUGGCUCAGCCAGCUCUAACAAGAAAAGAAAUAUCUGGGAAAAAAUAACAAGAAGAGUAAAUAAAAAUGGUACCCAUAAGCGUACUGCUACUACCUGCAAAAUUAGAUGGAAUCAAUGUAUAAGAAGCAUUGAAAAAAACAUAGAUAAAAAAUCACCUCUGAAUCCUCUUCAGCGCAAAGUAUUUCAUUUUUUUAAGGAUAAAAACAAUGGAAACAAAAUAACUUGGGAAGAUGUUGUUUUCAAAAUACGUAAGUCCAAUAUAAAACAUAUAUACCAGUUUGCCUUUCUAGAUCACUCUGAUGUAAAAUUUUUAAAUUAUUAAAUGUUUUUCAUCUAUGAUAGUUUUUGAUAUUAUGAAAAAAUAAUUUGGAAAGCGUAUCCAACGAUAUUAAAUGUAGGCCUUUUAAUGAGUCCUUAUUUUUGGCGGAACUAUCGGACUCACAUUGAAAGACACAUAUCGAAUUUUACAAAUUGCGAUUUUAGAGUCAUCGAUGUGCAGACCUUGUAGACUAGGAUUAAGUUUACGAUUUGAAUAUUUUGUAGUAAUGAUUAUUUCAUAUAUAAUUAUCCACUGAUUUAUGUAUAUUUUUUUUAAAGAGAGUCAAUCUGAUGUAAGGGGUAAGCAAAGGCGUAAGGAUUCUACGAGAAGAUCCACUGGAAGCAUGCCUACUGUAUCUACGAAUGGACCAGAGUUUUUCAGAAGAUCUACUGGAAGUGCACCUACUGUAUCCACUUUACCCCCUACUCAGGCCAAUGUUGAAACUGCAUUGGAGAAGUUCAUCUUGCUUAAAAAUAGUUUUGAAAAGGAAAAAAAAGAUGUUCUUUCAAGCGUUCUAAAAGAAAUGGAAGAACUUCAAGAUGAUUUAACUAAACACACAGCCAAAAUUAACUCCUAUUCGAAAGAACUCAGUAAAAUGAUUGAUGAGCUUACAAAUGUGACAUCUGAUUCUGAUUCUGAUUUAAGUCAGUGUGAAUCCUAAUCCUCAACUGCAAAAUAUAAAUAGAUGCUUAAAGGACCACUAUAGGCACCCAGACCACUUCAGCUUAAUGAAGUGGUCUGGGUGCCAGGUCCACCUAGGAUUAACCCUUUCUGCUGUAAACUUAGCAGUUUCAGAGAAACUGCUAUGUUUACUUUAGGGUUAUUCCAGCCUCUAGUGGCUGUCUCAUUGACAGCCGCUAGAGGCGCUUCACGUUUCUCACUGUGAUUUUCACAGUGAGAAGACACCAGCGUCCAUAGGAAAGCAUUGUGAAUGCUUUCCUAUGGACUGGCUGAAUGCACGCGCGGCUCCUGCCACGCAUGCGCAUUUAGCCGAGGAGGAGGAGAGUCCCCUGCCCGGCGCUGUAGAAAGAGGUAAGUUUAACCCCUUCCACGCCUCCAAGUCCAGCAGGAGGAGGACCCUGAGGGUGGGGGCACCCUCAGGGCACUAUAGUGCCAGGAAAACGAGUAUGCAAUUCAUUUAUUUUUUUGUAAUAUUAUAUAAAAACAUAUACUCUUAUAUGGUACAAAAGUAUCAUGUUUAGAAUCAUUUUGUUUUAAUAUAAUUUAAGUAACCAAAUAAAAUGAAAGCUAACUAUGUUUUAUUGUAACAAUCUAAUGCAGCAAUAACACAGGUCUUAUUUUUAUACCGUUCGAGAAAAACAAGAUGUUGUCUUGAUGAUGAACUUCCAUUUUCCCUUCUUUACAAUUGCUUCCCUGAUAUUUUCUACUCGAUCUUUCCAUGCAUCCCAACAUUUAACCCCGCAUAAUGUUAAAGGAUUACAUUAAUCUUUUGCAGGGAGAUUAAAUAUUUUGUGUAAUGUGCCCUAUUGAGCACUAUGGAGAAGGCCCCUUCCCCCACCCCUCCAUUUGCAAUAAAAGCUGAAAAAAGCUUUUUACUUACCUGGAAUCCAACAUCGGGCAAAGCUCUUGGCACUGAUCUUCCACGCUCAUCCAACUCCACAGGGGUCACGCACCGGCCAAUCACAGGCUUCUCAUAGAGCCUGUGAUUGGACUGAAUUCUGGCUCAGUGUGCUUGUGUGUGCUCCGGGAUGGCAAAUGUAGGGAGAGAGGGGUGGAGGGAGGGAGGAAGAAAGAAACCUGCCUGCAACGUAGGGAGCAACAACAGGGUGGGAGGGAGGCGAAAGUUAUCUUUCUCAUGCAGGGUGCUCUGUAAGCCAGUGUGCAGUGCGGGCUGACAAAAGGCGCAAAAUAUGCACAUUGCUCCUACCACCAGGACCACUUCAAAUAACUGAGGUGGUCAUGGAGGCUGGAGUGAACCUUUAAGUCCUCUUAUAUUUGUGUUUUCUACAUCACUCUAUUCCACCCUUCCAUCCACACCAUAUCAUACUCUCCUCUCACCACCUCAGAUUUACCUGCAACUUAGGUGCCUUCUUAGACAUAUUUCUCAUCUUUGAUGGGCACAUUACCUCCACCUUCUUCCACACGUUCACUUUCUGAGCAAACUGGUCUCUCAUGGCCCUUUUUGCUAUUAACGUCUUAUCCAGUCAUAAACUAACUUACUAGCAUACAGUAACUUACAAUUUUGAUUGCUGAGAUUUCCACUUUAUUUAAAUUCUGCAACACUCCGUGUUCUCAACAAAUGUAAAAUGUUACAGCCAAUCUUUCUCCACAGGCAUUCUUAUGGUAAUGUCUCUCUACUACACAUUAACAGUUCACAUUUACGUCAUACUACACCCCUCUCUCUUCCGUUACCUCCAUAAAACAAAGGCAUCUAUAGAUUCUUUCCAAUUAUGAUCAUUUUUCUAUACCCUGAAACAAACUCUCCAUCAUAUGCAAUCUACAAAGUUAUACAGUGUUUUCAAAUCUCUUGAAUACCUACCUCUACACAAAAAUGUUUCUUUAACAUCCCUUGUUCAACUCUGUUCCUAACCUUGUCUUACUUUCCCUUCACUUGGCAGCCCAAUUUUCCUAAUUUCACUACCUACUGACAUUAUACCCCAUUCUCUGCCAUGUGUACCCAACACGCCUACAAUUAUUAUUAUUAUUAUUAUUAUUGCCAUUUAUAUAGUGCCAACAGAUUCCAUAGCACUUAACAAUAUUAUAAGAGGGGAGUUUAACUACAAAUAGGACAAUUACAAGAAAACUUCGAGGAACGAUAGGUGGAAGAGGACCCUGCUCAAACGAGCUUACAGUCUACGGGAGGUGGGGUAUAAGACACAAUAGGACAGGAAAUCGCAAUCAAAUAAGGUGGGAGUGAAGCAGAACUGGAGGAGAGAGUAGAGUGCUGCCCUUUAGGAGAAAGCAAGAGACAGGUAUGUGAGGUAGAGGUUACUCUGGGAGGCCAUAAGCUUUCCUAGAGAGAUGGGUUUUAAGGCACGGGAGAGUCAACAACCUAUUCUUCUAUGAGGAAAGUCUAUAGCCACCGGAUUCCAUUAUAUAUAUGACCUUUAAUGACUAUGUUUUAUACACUCUUUAAUUGUAUAAGUGAUUUGUAAAUGUGUGACCUUUUUUACUAUAUCAACCAAAUCUGAUGCAAACUGAUAUUAAGUUUCAAUGUGCUUUUACAAAGUUUAUAAUAUCCCAUUGUUUUAUGUAUAAUUUUUGUAUGCUUUUUCCUGUUAAUACUUUUAUUAUUAACCAUCUAAGGAAAACCUAUGAUAAGAGCACGUUGUAAAACAUUUUAGAUAAAUAAACUUUGGAUAAAAUCCACUUUUGUCACAGGUUCUUUGGAUUAAUGUAUACUAUUUUAGUCAUAUCCAUUAUUCUAGGUAAAUUAAAAACAAUACAAUUAACGUUAUCUCACUCAAGCUCUCUGUAGACAAUGGUUCUGUAUAGUAUAUCUUCUGAUAUUCUCUAGUAAUGCUCAGAGAAGGAAUACGAUCCAACAAGUCCACAGGGCCCUAGGCAGGUUUCCAGUUUGGGGCCCCCUUCAUUAUUCCCCCAGGCUGGUAAUUGGGGGCCAAUCAAAUUCAUGGUUCUAGGUAACCCAUGGGUCCCAUUUGACUGCCGAGGGUUCCUUGUGGUGAAUCCUGCUCUGGUGAGGCCAUGCAUUGUGUGUUAGUAGCCAGUUUUGAAAUUGGAAGAGUGUAAAGAAUUGGAGACAGGAGUCUUUAAGAACUCACUUUUUGAUGAAACCCUUAAAGGGACUCUCUACUACCCAAAUAGAAAAACACAAUUUUAAUAAAUCACUUUUUAGUAGAUAUACACCUCAAUGAAAAACUGGCAUGCACUUAAUUAUGCUUUUUUUUUAUUGCGGGUUUAUCUAAAAACUGUUUGCAAAACCUGCAGAUCUCGUGUUUGCAGCCUUUGCAAAUGAUCCCCUUCUAACCCCAUCCAGACUUGCUGUGGCUGUCCAAUCUCAGACUUCCCAUUGCAGCUCAAUGAGAAAUCUUUGCAAGGCAGGUGGUCUGAGCAAUUGCUGCCUCUUGAGUUUAGCCUCACUGAGUGAAACAGCCAGGAAGUAACAGGACAGAUUAUGUGAUUGACAGCCAGGAAGGUGUAACAAGGUUUAUUUAAAAAAGUACCAAUUUCUAUUUAAAUCUGCACUUUUUGUAAAAUUAAAUAAGAGGACGCACUUUUCACAUAUAAAGCAUUUCAGCAAGAUAAAGUUCUUUCGCAGUUUGGAGUCUCCCUUUAAAGACCAAUUAAAUAUGUUGUCACCAUAACAACAUUUGAUAAAAUGUUAUUAUUAAAAGUAAUCAUUUGCUGACUUGUUUUGCACAUUAUUAGUACAUUUGCAUAACCUUCAUCGGCAUUUUCUGUUAUUUUUGGAACUACAUUCCACUCCUAAUCCUAAAUAAAUCCUAACUUAAAGGGACACUUCAGGCACCCAGACCACUUCUGCCCAUUGGAGUGGUCUGGGUGCCAACUCCCACUACCCUUAACCCUGCAAGUGUAAUUAUUGGAGUUUUUGCAGGGUUAAGUCCUCCUAUAGUGGCUGUCUACUAGACAGCCACUAAAGGGCACCUCCGGGAUUAUAGCACAGAUUUUCUGUGCUAUAGUGUCGCUGGACGUCCUCACGCUAUGUGAGGACCUCCAGCUUCGCUAAAAUCCCCAUAGGAAAGCAUUGAAAGCAUUUUCAAUGCUUUCCUAUGGGGAGGUCUAAUGCGCGUGCCAUUGCCACGCAUGCGCAUUAGGUCUCUCCUGCCUGCGGGCGUGAUCAGUCUCCCCCACCGGCUGACGUCGUGACGGGGAGGAGCGCGGGCGGACCAAGAAGCAGCGCCGAGGGAUAUCGUCGAUGCCUCUGGUAAGUCACUGAAGGGGUUUUGACACCUUCAGCAACCAGGGAUGGGAGGUGGGAGGGAGAGGGGACCUGCAGUGCCAGGAAAAAGGAUUGUUUUCCUGGCAGUUAAAUCUGCCUUUAAGACUGUGGAAAGUACAGACUCGUUUACUCCUUUCAGUAAGCCCAAUGCUCUAAUCACUAUCCCCUAAUCACUAUGUUACUCUGUAAUGACACCAGAUGGCACAAUAAAUUCAUAUUUUAUGAUCUUACUUCCCAGACAAUACUGGUAAUAUAAUUUAGCUAAGACCAUAUAUAAUGAAUUUAAGGGGCAAUUGCAAAUGGCAUUUUUGUGGAAUUGCAUAGAAACAACAAUACAUAUUUCCUAGGAGACUAGGAGACUAUUACAAUAUAGUUACUAUAUACACACACAGAGAAUGAUAAACCACCCUAAAAAUGUGUACCUCACAGAUACUCCAAGGAUACUGAGACAAAAGAUUAUAUACGUCCCUAAAUAGGGAAGUAUAUAAUAGGAUAGAGGGUUAUGUGGUACAUAACGUAUCUACAAAUAGAAAAGACAAAAUAUGGUAAGUACAUAGGAAUAAGAUAAAAACUCCACGAGGUAGAGAACUUACAAAAUGUAGGAAUAACGCACCUAGCUCUCCUCAAGGGUAUUUAGAGUUGGUGAUCUUCCCAAUGGAGCCAAAAACUUCAAAAGAAUAGAUGUUGCACUUACAUACGAAUAAAAAGACAGGCUUGGCACCACUGACAAGUGGAAAGAGUGUGCAGAUCUCCAAUCCAAGAUGUGGGAUAAAGAAGCUGGACAACUAACACAGAAAAAAUAUAAAACAAGAAAUAUCAUCUGAUCACUCUCAGCCAAAAGAGUUAAGCUUAGCUAAAGCAUAAAACUCCCAGCUCACAGUUAGACAAGGAGCAGUGUCAAGCUGUUGCCUGAUAUGAAGUCAAACUAUUCUAAAAUGGUUUGAGUACUUACAAUGGGGGUGGGGGCACCAUAACAACAACAGCCUGGUUUUUGAUCACUCUUUAUCAGUUGCUCUGCAGUCUUAAAUAUUUUCUCCAUUUUGUGGAACUGAUGACCUGAGUUUGAUUACCCAUUAGGAGGCGUAGUCGAUGCAGUGCCCUUCUCCUGCUCGAAGGAGAAUCGUGGUCUACACCUCUAUCAAGUGUAACAGGGUGCUGAGUGGUCUACACCUCUAUCAAGUGUAAGUGAGUGCUGUAAAGAAUGGCUUCCACCUGACCAUCAGGGAUUAUACCGCCUAUUGACAAAAUGUACGCAUAAAGGGGACAAAUGAAAGAAUUCCUCACAUACACUGACUUUACGUACACACUCAGGCUCCCCUACAAACACGCACAACACUUAGACUCAUCCACACACAAUUCAGGCACCACUCAUACACAACUCAACCAGCACACACAAGCACACUCAGCCUCUCCCACAAAUACAGCUCUCAGCCGACAACACAAACACACAACACUCAGCUACAACACACAAUUUCAAAUAUACAGCACUAAGUAUUCCGUACAUGCAUACAUACUCAGCACACCCACACACCCCAGGGCUCAAGGAGGAGGCCCCAAUUUAGCAUCUUUUUGUGAAUAUCUUUUUUAUUUCUUCUUUUUAAAAAAAAGAAAUUCACAUGUGGGUAAAUAUAUUAGGCAAUGCAAAUUAUUGCCAGGCAGGUUUCUGAUAGACAUUGAUAUGGGACAUGCAGGUCUCUGAUUUCAAGAACCCAUAACAGAAAUUAAAAAUAACAUAUAACGGAUAGAAUUUCAGAUGUGUCGCCAAUCUGGCAUGUUGCCAAGGUCCCUGGGCAAUCUUAAUCCAAACUGGCCUGGAAUUGAUCAUUAUAAAGUAUACAUUUGUUCACAAAACAUUAGCUUAUGAAGAAAGGACAUAUAUUACAUUUAUGUACCAGUAAAUGCUGUACAAUAUGUUUGGAAAAUAAAACUGAAAGUGCAAAAAGCAUGUUCUGAGUUGGCAUUUCACCAUUUGAAUAAUUUUGUAAAAUAUGAUGUUUCAGAAUCGGUGCUACAAAAGGAAAGUGAGACGUAAAAAUAAGUAAAGGUACUUUGAAAGAAAACAUUUUGUUGAAAGUUAUUAGACACUUCCCGAUAGGCAGAAAAAACAAAUCCAGGGUUAGAUUCUAGAGAAAGAGAAACUUAACUUUAACGGAUGAGACCUGUCUUUCCAAGUAAGCAGUAGAUUGGCAUAUUAUUGUGUUAAGGUACAUACUGUAUGUUCAAAAUGACAAGUAUAAUCAGAAGUUACACACACACAUAUAUAUAUAUACAUACACACACAUGAUCCAACGCACUCACUCAUCCACUAGCAACUUCAAAGAUCACAGAUUCUUAUUUUAUUUAAAUUCUUUAGAAAAACACCUAAUCUAGGCAAAAAUAAUUGGGGGUUCAGUUACAGUUUAUGAUCAUACAUAAGAGCAGACAUUAGGCUGAUAUAGUAGGACAUAUCAAAGAUGGGGUACAUUGACGUUGUGGCAGGCUUAUGCAAUGUAUGAUCAUUUACUGUAACUAGUACCGAUAUUGGGGUACUGUGGAGCACAUGUUGGGGAAAAAAGUGAUUAGAAACCCCUUCCAUCGGAAGUCAGUGGACACAUUGCCAAUACAUUGUUAAACACAGAUCUGCACACACCAGUCAAGCCAUAAGACUUUCCUUUCCACAAGAAUGUCAGAUUUGCAGGGAUGUUACUAAUGCAAAGGAUUCUGGGUGGGCAUAUGCAAAUGAGUUCAACAAAGUAUCACCUUUUGCAUAUAUAUAUAUAUAUAUAUAUACAUACAUACACACACAAUAAAAAAAAAAAAAAGAAUAUAUAUAUAUACAUAAAAAAAAGUCAGAUAGUCGAUGUUUCAGUGUGGUAUCCCCACACUUUCAUCAGGACCUGAUGAAAGUACUGAAGAAAGUGUGUGGAUACCACACUGAAACGUAGACUAUCUCACUUUUUUUUUUAUGUAAGGUAAUAAAAGUUAGGUUUUAUUUUUAUAAGUCCUGAGAGUGCUAUCAUAUAUACCUCUUUUAAUCGUCGUGGAUAACGUCCAAAUGACUCGCAAACCAUAAGUUGACCUACCCGCUACGCCAGGCAACAGUAUCAUGGCAUCAUUCACGGGUCAGGUCCUCACUUUACAGUUAUGUUUGUUUCUUAGCUGCUACACUUUAACUGUUCAUGCAAACCGUUCGUUUACACAGCCGUUCAUUUACACAGCCAUUUCAUUCACAUGCCAUGCUCAUAUGUAUCUUGCCCCGCUCGGGCAUUCGCAUACUCCCGAACGGGUAACUAUCCAGUAUUAAUACAUCUCAUGUAUGACAUCUCCGUUCGUGCAUUACAACCACAUGAACGGAAUCCAUGUGUUUCUCAUUUUCUGUUAAUGGCAUGUUCGUACAACCGGACGGUUUUACAGCCGUUCGUUUCAAAUUUUAGGCUACAUGUAUCUUGCCCUGCUCGGGCAUUCGCAUACUCCCGAACGAAAACAUUCUGUGUCAUUAUUUUUCAUGUGAGGCAAUUGCUGUUGGGGCGGUUCAACCACACGAACGGGGAAGCCUUGGGGUUCAACUUUCUGUCUUGCUUUUACUAUUGUAUUAAGCACACAUUUCGUGCUUUUAAAACUCAUGAACAGAACACUGGUUGGCAUUAUGUUCACACAUGGUAUAUUGUCUAACGGGCACUGUACGUUUCACUGUCACCAUACAACUAUUACACUGGGGCAUAGCUCAUGAACAACUGUUUAUCAUAACCACACUGACCCCUACAGGUCACUCGUAAGAUCUCAGGUUAACCUUGCAUUUUUAAUUAAGGGGAAUUUCACCAUACAAUCACCAAUUCUGACCCUUACUGGUCAAAAGCAACAGCUGUCUUCACAUGUCACAUACAAUUUUACCAGUCGAUAUAAAAUUACACAUAAGAUUGUUUUAUACAUAACCAGUCACCAUUCUGUACAAUUAUGUAACUACACUGAAUCAAAUUAAUGAAACACAUAUACAGCAAAGCGCUGAUUACAAUCAUACAUUCUCCCCAGCAGGGGGUGAUACAACAUACAUAAUUUUAUAAGGGCACUUUUCUACCAUCUUGUAUACGCUGUACAAAAGGUUAAGUCUGGUGCACGCUUGUAACCAUCAUGACAUAAGGUGUUUAAAUAAUUUUAUAGGUUACGGUACUUUGCUUUUCACAAACAUAACUGCACAUAUUCGGAUAAGCUUGGAAUAUGCCAUACCCAUUAUGCCAUACGUUGUUUUAUCUAUUCAGAUUACAGGUACUACUAAAAUCUAUACAGAUUUUAGAGGUUAAAUACCAUACUACCAGGUACGUACACCUGCUCACAUAGUAAUUCAAAUCCUAUAUUAAUAGUUAAUAGAGUACAGGCAAUUAGGGAUAUAGGGUCCAAAAGGUAUUGCCCUUUCUCUGCAUUACGCUUUCGGUUAGUGGUCCCGCGAGGUACAACAAAGGCUGGGCCUCCCACUACUGUACAACCAGUACCAACCGAAACUCGGUUACCUGGUACUAUCAAUUCUUCUGACACUCAGGAUCUUAACCCUGCACAUAUGAUCCCAGCACACAGUAACAGAGAUAUCCUGGAAGGUAAAAUGUCAACUUAGCAUCUCUACUAAUGGCCAUACAGGCCAUGCUAGCCUCACUCAUGAACUCCAUGAGCAAAAUUAACAACAGACUGGCAAAUCUCGAGUCGGUCACCACAGCCCUCACAAAGGCUGGGCCUUCGCUAUGUACAACCAGCACCAAACGAAACUCGGUUACCUGGUACAAUCAAUUUUUCUGACAUUCAGGACGUUAUCCCUGCACAUACGAUCCCAGCACAGUGGGAAACAAACAUAUAUGUAUUACGAUGUAUCUGUGGUGGUCAGAUCCAGGGAUUCCAGGUAAAACGGAAACUGACCAUCCCGGAGUUGUUUUGGCUUUUGCAUAUAUAGAAAUGUUAUUUGCGCAAUGUACUCUAACAGAAGGUAAGCAUUCUAUUUAUGCACAAGCUGGUAGACCUAGGGAACAUAUGUUGGUUCGGCCUUUUACGACUAUCAUAGGUCAUUUUCUGCCAAAGUGUCUGGCGCUCUCUCCCAGUUUGGUAACAAUCAACUGGAACAGACUGGAUACAGAGAUCUCCUACAGACACUUUGCAGGUCUACAUACACCAGCUUGUGCAUCCUGCUCUUUCACUAACCACAACAGAAUUUUGUCCCAACCCAACGGAUGAUCACUCUCAGGCUCCAGGUACUAGCACCUCUGUGUCACGACACACUCCUUAGUUGAUCUUCCCUCGUGCAGUACCCAUUCACACCUCUAUCUCUGUUUGGCACUGUUUCUAAUUUAUUUUCAUUAGCACUUCACCUGGUCCUUGUUUAGAACCUAAAUAGUUUGGUUUCCCCUCACUCCUUGUCAGAUCAUUGUCUCUUGUCUCCUGUUUCCCUGGUUCCUGGUACCCUGUGAUUCUGACUCCUGACUCCUUGAUCCUGCAUGCUGUUCUUUGGUCCUGUAUCCUGCAUUUCCUGGUCCUUUGUCCCUGUGUCCUCCUGCUCUUGUGUUCUGGUACAGUGUUAGCUGCCUUGUUGCCAGUGAUCCUGACCCUGCAGCCUGGUUCAUUUAUUUUGCCUAUGGUCUUGCUUCCUGGUAUAUCUGCCUUGUGAACUAUGGAUCUGUGCCCUACCUAUUACUAGUGGUGGCUGUACAAUCCUGCCUUAAUACCAAAAGACUAUUAAAGUAUUCACUGCCAGCACUAUUCAUGCUUAUCCUAAAUUGUUAUAUACAUUUGUUCUGUGACUUUGUAUAUAUCUAUUAUGUUUUGUUAUCUUUUUUGUACUUUUGAUUCUCUUUAAUAUAUUUCUUUAUUUGCACUAUUCAUUGUGUCUUUUGCAUCUAUUCUUUGCUAACUUGGUUCCUACAUUUAAAGGGAUAGUGCUGUCUCUGGGCAGCACCCCUUCUUCCCAUGACACUCUGGUAGAACGGAGCAAACUACCAGAGACAAAUUGGGUCUUCUCAUUUUCUUUUGGCAAAUCACAGAUUUGCAACAAUUUUAAUAUGGGUAUGUGUAGUUACAGUGCAUAUAGACUGUUGCAUACAUGUUCUAAUGGUUCAGGGCACAUGACAAACCAUGUGUCCAAAUACAACGUACAAAAAAACUUACUUAACGUCUGUAAACAUCAAUGCAUUUUCACACUACUGACUCACCCAUACAGGUUUCAUACAUAUACUUCCAGGGAAUCUAGAAUGCCCUAACUUGUGGUCAGCACAACAGAACCAAUGGCUGUAAACACACUCAUAGCCCAAGAAAUUGCAGAAGGGUUUCUACUUGGGCUUUCCCAAUCUCCACCAUUUACAUCAUGAUGCACACAACCAUUGGGAUUAUCACAGGGAAGUCUUCCCUUAAACAAAGACUAACCAUGGACUUAUCGGCACCACACACCUCUGCUACCCCAAGUCUCAACUCCCUCACACCCUCCGAGGAGUUUCCUUACAAUACGCCACCAUUGAUCUACCUUUACAGCUACCACUCAAGCAUGGGUUGGAGCUUGAUUAAGUAAGACUGAUAUCAUCAAUGCAUUUAAACUGCUAUCAGCCACCCUACACUCUGGCACUUACAUGGCAUAAGGGGCAGGCAGUUACUAAUUCUUCUCCCGCUUAACUUUCGGGUCACUUAGUAGCCCAACAAUCUUUGAUAUUCGCAGAAACUCUGUGCUGGUUGUUAUAACAUAACCAAAGGCCUCACAGUCAUACAAUCUAGAUGACUUCUUGUUGGUCAAAGAUAACACCUUCUUCCCUAGAAGCCUCAAGGAAGCAUUAGUCUGGUUGACCACUUGGGAAUCCCAGUAUCCCAUAAGAAACAGAAGGCACAGACACUAUCAUCACAUUCCUGGGCAUACAACUUGACUUGGCAUCCAUACAAGCAAGUUACCACAAGACAAAAUAGGAACUACAAUCCCUACUAGGUUCCCCAAUUUUGCCAGGCGCAUCAUCCCACAAGGCCGCACUUUUACAUACAGACUACUUUUCCUUUUUCACACUUCCACCAUGACGAUCAGAGGCUGUCCCUAGAUACCCUAGCCACAGCAGACAUGCACAUGGGGGAGAAUUUCUUAACCACUUGGCAUGGUAAAAGCAUGUUCCUCCCAGGAUUGUCUGACACUCUUCCAACCAGAUGGUCAGAGGCAGCGUCUACCACGGGUUUGGCAGCAAUCUACAGGAACGAUGGCUCUGGAGCAGUUGACCAUAGCAUUCAGGUUUGGAAGGUUUUCCACCACCUCAGUCCCUUUUUGAGAUCUACCCUAUUGUAGCAGCUGCUGUGGAAUAGGGUCAAUCAUGGUCAGGGUCAUCAAUCCGUUGUUACUCAGACACUAAGCAACAUGCCAUAUCAUCAAUAAGAGUCACUCAUCAUCCAUCCAUACAAUCAUGAUAAUUCUAGGGAACUCACUUGAUUGGCCGCUUGUCACAUUUCCUUUGGUUUGCUUUCAUGUACCAGGCGGUUGCAACAUCCCUGCUGACAAUUGUCUCAUUUACAUUCCAGUUAUUUUCAUAAAACACUCCCCACAGCCGCUCAUGCAGUCACGUUCCAGAGUCUAAUAAUGGAUUAGACAUACUCAUGCAGCAUAGCAGGAACUGUCCCACUUAGGACUUUCGUCCAAUACUUGUAGGACGUAUAACAGCUUUCACCUUGCUUAAAGAUUCCUGUUGGAACACAACAUAUCUCAACGUUUGUCAUGACAUCUCUCCUAGGUGGCUUCUUUUUGCCAUCUUAAACUGGAACUAUCUCACAACUCCAUUAAAAUAUAUUUUGACAGGCAUUCAACACCACAUGCUAACCCUAUGGCCAAAUAACCAUAAUUUUAUGUCAUCAUAUCAGACAAAGAACAUACUCAGAGGUUUUUAGGAAUCCAUUCCCUCACGUACCUCUCAGAGAUUACCAUAGCCAACCAACUUUUCCAUCACCACCACUCAGACAGAUCAUUGUCUUCAACGAUCCCACCUACGUAAACACAUUGAUCACUACCUGUUGGCUCUACCACAUUCCAAAACUAGUCAACAAGCACCACCAGUAGAGAUAACAUACUAUCCUACCCACAACACGUGGUGUCCAGUUGUGGUCCUAGAUUCCUACCUUUUAUAUCCAACAUCACAACCUUUUUGCACUACAAGGCUCUGUACUCACCACCACUACUUGCAUGAAAUACAUUAGAUCCCUGUUAACCAUGCUAGGUCUCAACCCUCUACCUACUCAGGUCACUUGUUUCGUAUAGGGGCGGCCUCCACAACCUCCAGAGCCAACAUACCAGUACAUAUAUUGGGACGAUGGAAAUCUUCAGCUUACACAAGUUACAUACCCAAACCAACACAUGAAUUAAGUAAUGUAUUUAAGGAAAUGUCUGGUUAAUUUGGAUAUAAUAGUUUACUGUAUUAAAUCUUUGAUUAUUCACUUUUGCCCUCUUUAUUUACAGGCCUACCGUAUCGUCAGUCUCGGCACACCACAACCGACUUGCUCCUUUAUACUAUCCUACGCUUAUAAUGGAACCUUACUCCAUAUAUGGCUAUUUGCCCCUAACACAAGUAUUACAGCCAUUUGGCCUGUAAUUGUGGGAGGAGCUUAAAUAACACACUUACCUAUAUAAGGUACACCCCUUACCUGACUCCAUACCGCUUGAGGUCAGUAUCUGAAUGACCCUCCCACCACUCCACAAUCUCAACACUUUCUUUCCAUUUACUUUUCUUUUCUUACUCCUUGGUGGGCCUUUUUUAUUUACAGGCCUACCGUAUCGUCAGUCUCGGCACACGACAACCGACUUGCUCCUUUAUUCUAUCCUACGCUUAUACUGGAACCUUACGCCAUAUACGGCUAUUUGCCCCUAACACACACACACAUAUAUAUAUAUAUAUAUAUAUAUAUAUCCAAGGAAAUACCGGCACUCAAGGCUUUUCAAUCCAGACAAAUUCUUUUUAAUCCAAAACCACCGUCAACGGUGGUUUUGGAUUAAAAAGAAUUUGUCUGGAUUGAAAAGCCUUGAGUGCCGGUAUUUCCUUGGAUAUGUUAGUAUUGCAAAGAGAGCACCAGGUACCAUGAGAUUUAGGUUGGAGUGCAGGAAUUGGUUUUGUUAUAUAUAUAUACAAAAAUUGAUUAAAUACAUGCUCUCACGCUCAAAUAAAUAUGCAACACUGCAUUUGCUUUGCUUGCCGGGUGCCAGUCCCUCUGAGGAUAUAAGUACACUCCAGAUAUGAAAAUAAAUUCGAGGGCUGCACUCACGGUCUAAGUAAUGAAGUAACUUCUUUAUUCCAUAAAAUGAACGAGAUCGACGUUUCGGUCCACGCAGGGACCUUCCUCAGGAUCAAAUGACAUCAUGAUGAGGUGGCGGAUGGUUUCCUGAGGCAUCUCCUCCCAGACCUGGACUAAAGCAUUUGCAUACUCCUGGACAGUCUGUGGUGCAACGUGAUGUUGGUGGAUGGAGCGAGACAUGAUGUCCCAGAUGUGCUCAAUUGGAUUCAUGUCAGGAGGAACAGGCAGGCCAGUCCAUAGCAUCAAUGCCUUCGUCUUGUAGGAACUGCUGACAUACUUCAGCCACAUGAGGUCUAGCAUUGUCUUGCAUUAGGUGGAACCCAGGGCCAACCAUACCAACUGGUCUCACAAGGGGCCUGAGGAUAUCAUCUCGGUACCUAAUGGCAGUCAGGCUACAUCUGGUGAGCACAUGGAGGGCUGUGUGGCCCCCCAAAGAAAUGCCACCCCACACCAUUACUGACCCACUGCCAAACCGGUCAUGCUGGAGGAUGUUGCAGGGAGCAGAACAUUGUCCACGGCGUCUCCAGACUCUGUCACAUGUGCUCAGUGUGAACCUGCUUUCAUCUGUGAAGAGCACAGGGAGCCAGUGGUGAAUUUGCCAAUCUUGGGGUUCUCUGGCGAAUGCCAAACGUCCUGCACGGUGUUGGGCUUUAAGCACAACCCCCACCUGUGGACGUCGGGCCCUCAUACCACCCUCAUGGAGUCUGUUUCUGACCGUUUGAGCAGACACAUGCACAUUUGUGGCCUGCUGGAGGUCAUUUUGCAGGGCUCUGGCAGUGCUCCUCCUGUUCCUCCUUUCACAAAGGCAGAGGUAGCGGUCCUGCUGCCUGGUUGUUGCCCUCCUACGGCAUCCUCCACGUCUCCUGGUAGCACCUCCAUGCUCUGGACACUACGCUGACAGACAACGCAAACCAUGUUGCCACAGCCAUUUAUGUGCCAUCCUGGAUGAGCUGCACUACCUGAGCCAUCUGUGUGGGUUGUAGACUCCGUCUCAUGAGCAGUGUAUAUAUAUUACAAUAUACACUAAUGUAAGAGGAUUCUAGUUAGGAAAAAAGGCACGUCUAGCACCAUAACCACUACAACGUGUUGGAGAAUUGAAGUGUUCCUAAAACUCUAAAUUAAAAAAAAGAAGAAUGUAAAAUGACGAAUGAGAAAUGCAUAAAUGCAAAAGAAUACAAACUGGUUGAACCAGCUCUCCACUAUUAGUGGUGGAGAUAAGUCACAUCCUCCACUACUUACAAAAUAUCUACGUCAUUUGAAAGAAAAGAAAAAGUGUCCAUUAGACACUCCCUUUUAGGCGGCAGAAUCAAUUCCAGGGUUGGAACAGAUGAGACUUGUCAUUCCAUAUAACCAGCAGGUUGACAUAUCAUCUUGAUAAGGUAUGUACUGUAUGUUCAAAAUGAUAAAUAUAUUCAGUCUAGUUAUAUCUCUUAGAACGUAUAAUGUACACUGAGGUGGUGUUUAAUUUAAGUUAAGGCUGUCUUUAUGUAACAUUAAUAGAUUAUUUAAAAUUAGAGGAAGCUUCACAGCAAUAUCCUCAAUUAUAAUUAAUGUUUUUAAUAUGUAUAUGCAUGUUCUCUGUAUGCCCAGUAUAAGUUUAUUCUCAUAGUAACAUAAUCAGGUAAGAUCAAAUGUAUUCUAGAUAAAGCAGAGCAGAGUCCUAAAAUAGUGUCUAUCAAGAGUAACUACAUUACUUGGUGCCAUAUAGACAGGGCUAUCACAGAUCCCAAUAUUUAUGAAUGGGAAUAAACAAUGAUUUAUAUAUAUAUAUAUAUUUCCUUUCUCCCAUAUACUAUACGCAGUGGCGUACUAAGGGGAGGGCGGAGGGGGCGGUUCGCCACGGGUGCAAGCAGGGUGGGGGGUGCCAUGACCAGGAGCGCCGGCCCCCCCAUGCUGCAGCCGCCCGAGCGCUCUGUAGAGAGCCUCAGGCGGCUGCAGCUUUGCACGGGUGGUGCGUCCAUGAGGGCGGACCUCACCGCCCGGGCGCAGCCUGAGGAGAGGGCCUGACAGGAGGGAAGCGCUCAGCGCUCCCUCCUGUCACUCCCUCCCUGUAGCGUGGCCGAGCCCUCUAUUGGUCCGCGGGUACAGGGAGCAUCUGUCUCCUGUACCCGGCCGGACUAACAGGAAGUACACACUGAGUGUGCACUUCCUGUUAGUCCGGCCAGGUACAGGAAACAAAAGCUCCCUGUACCCGCGGACUAUACUGGGGUCAGCCACGCUACAACAGAGGUAAGGGGGGAGGGGAGAAAGAGAAAUUAGGGGAGAAAGAUAAAUUGGGGGAGAAAGAGAAAUUAGGGGAGAAAGAGAAAUUAGGGGAGAAAGAGAAAUUGGGAGGGGAGAAAGAGAAAUUAGGGGGAGAAAGAGAAAUUAGGGGGAGAAAGAGAAAUUGGGGGAGAAAGAGAAAUUAGGGGAGAAAGAGAAAUUAGGGGGGAGAACGAGAAAAUAGGGGGGGAGAAAGAGAAAUUAGGGGGGGGGAGAAAGAGAAAUUAGGAAUCUAGUAUAUUAUUCAUGGCACUAAGCUCUAAUUUACCUCACAUUAAGGAAACACUAUAGUCCCCAGAACCACUUCAGCUUAAUGUAGUGGUUCUGGUGUCUAUAGCCUGUCCCUGCAGGCCUUUUAAUGUAAACACGGCGGCACUGCAGCACUGGCGUUAGUUAACAUGGCAAAUCAUAUGGGUGGGGAAUUGUGAUGUCACAUGGUGGGGGGCGGCAAACUUUACUUUUGCCUAGGGCGGCAAAAAUCCUUGCACCGGCCCUGGCUGGAGGGGGCUGUGUGAGCUGUGGCCGCACAGUGCCCCAUGGUAGUUAGGGUGCCGUGCGGCCAGUACAGCUCACACAAGCAAACUGCUGAUAAACUGGCCGCAUGGAGGAAAUGUGUAUGUGUGACUGUCUGCCUGUGACUGUGUGUGACUGUCUGCCUGUAACUGAGUGUGUGACUGUCUGUCUGUAACUGAGUGUGUGACUGUCUGCCUGUAAAUGUGUUUGUGGGGCUGCAAGGAUUUUGUAGAAGGGGGCGGGGGUUUUGUAUUGGGACAGGAGUCUUUAUAAGGGGGGAUAAGCAGGGGAUUUGUGGAAGGGGGUUGCGGGGGUUUUGUAGACGGGCAGUACAGGAUUUGUAGAAGGGGCAGGACAGAGGUUUUGUAGGAGGGGCGGGGCAGGACAAGGGUUUUGUAGGAGGGUCUGACAGCGGUUUUGCAAAGUUUACAAAUUGUAAAAAAAAAAAAAAGAAAGAAAACCUUUAACAUUUUUUACAGGUUUUUAUUUUGGGUGGGUGUGGGGGGGGGGGUGCCAAGCACAGGAUCCGCCCCAGGUGCCAAAUGCUCUAGGUACGCCCCUGACUAUAAGGCUUUCUUCAUAUGCACUUUUUUUAUAUUGCAUAUUAAUUGUGCAAGUAAGAUAUUUUGCACAUCCUCGAUUUUACGUGAUUUUAUCACAAGUUUAUAGUAAGCUAUAAUUUGAUUGGCUUUCACUAAGCGCUCCGAUAUUAAAAAUAUAUUUGUCAGUUAAGAGUCUUACGCCUCUUAGGGAAUUUAAGUGUGUUUUAUUUAGGUCAGGCUUUCCUGAACUCCGGCCCUCCAGAUGUCGCUGAACUACAACUCCCAUGAUUCUAUGAAUGAAAUAGAUAGGCUGAGAAUCAUGGGAGUUGUAGUUCAGCAACACCUGGAGGGCCGGAGUUUGGGGAAGCCUGAUUUAGGUCAAUGAGACAAAAUUAUGCAAAUAAGAUAGUUUUCACAAUUAAAACCUUUAGAACUCCUGUCAAUAUACCUGUAUGUAUUGCCUAGUAAAACAUAAAUAAGUCUAGCUUGUUGUAGAUUUCUUUAUCUCUUUUUUCAUGCUUUUUAUUUAUUUUUAUUUUAGCGCUUGUUUCCUGUUGAGAAGCCAGAAUACAGGGAUUCUUCAUUUCUUCAUAUUUGACAUUCUUCAUAUAUUUGAAGUCCUUGGUGUGUGUAUGUGUUUUAUCUACAAGACAUUUUCAUAGCAUGAUUGUUAUUAUGUAUUUAUUAUGUUAACUAACUACACGAUUCCAUUGUGGACUAUUGUUACAUUUAUUUAUCAGAUCGUGCGUACACGGUGCUGCAGGUGCAGAAUUUUCACAGCAUUCUCUGGUUUAAAUAGAACUGUGAGUAAUUCUCACGUGAGGAAACCAAAUGUGUUAUUUUAAUAAUAUUAACCUUAUUAGCCCUUUCCUACUUCGCCAUUUUCGCUCUUCUUUAUUGCCUUUUCCAUCCUUUCUUCCACCUUUUCCUGUUACUUAAUACUGCUUUAUUAUUAGUUCUUAAGAAACAGCUUGUCAUCCUCUGUUUUCCAAUGUUUACAAUUCCUUUACACCAUCCCUUGCACAUUGGUCUUUUAGCCCAUGGCUCAACUUGCUCUGUACUGUCAUCAUGUGAAAUAGUUGCCUGAUUGUCAUUAAUUAUGGACUUCUUGAAUGAAAUGAAUAAACACAGUGUCUAUCACACAUAGUAAAGGAAAACUCCAAGCACCAUAACUACUACAUCAUGUUGAAGUUGUUCUGGUUCCAAAGGAGCUCUGGUGUCCUUCCAUUGUAAGAGACAUGUUAAAUGGAGUCCAUCUGGUUCUGCUCCAUGCCUCUUCUACACCCUAAACACGAGCUUCCAUUAACUCUUUACAGGGCAAACUUAUGCAGCCAAAAAGUUAAGUUCUGUCCUGUUGCUCUGAUAGUGAAGGUUAAAACCUGAGCCAAGGGAGCCACAGGUAAGGAGACCAUUCUUAAUCAGUUUGACUGCUAUACAAUAGAGGGUUGGGUGGGUGCCAGGGGAUUCCUGGCACCAAAGCCACAACAAGAGGCUUUAGUUGCUAUGGUGAUUGAAGGAUUCCUUUAACCUUAACAGCCUGGUAUAUGCAUUUCUUAUAUGUGUCCCUGUUUAAGAGGUACCAUGGCAACCAUUGGAGAUUUGUAUUUUUAUCAAAUGAUGUACUUGAUGUUAGUUCAUUGAAAGUUGACAUCGAUUCCGAUGAAUUGCAAUUUAUAAUGAAACAAAUCUCAAAGCCUACUGAUUUAGUAGAACAAUAUAACAAAUAACGUGGGCGUAAAAUUAUUAGUUUUAAUAGAGUGUCGUGUUCACGUACCAGUCGAUCAGUUUUAUUCUGGAAUGAAGCAUCAUCACAAUUUAAAUAUGCUUAGGUGAAUGUGUGAAUACAUACCUAAAAACAUGCAUAUCUCUUUUUCUUUAAAGGACUAUGGCCUAUCAAAAUUAUCCACAGGACAAUACACAGAGGAGUAGUGAAGAAAAUAUAUGGUUGGAGGAGACAUUGCCCAAAUUUCAAGAUGUUCAUCUUUUCAGUGGAAAACAACCAACUGAUGGAAAAAUCUAUGUCAUGUAUCAUGGAACAACUUUAAAAGCAGCAAUUGACAUCAUCCAUGAUGGUUUUUGUCCGUCAAAAGAUGGCAUGUUAGGAAAAGGAGUCUAUGUGAGCAGAGAUCUGGAGAAAGCUGAGCGCUACCCCCUAGGGGAUAAAAGUGAUCAGGUUAUAUUGAAACUCCGAGUAAAUGUGGGUAGAGUUAUAAAGAUAGAUCAUCAGAACCACCCUCUACAGAAGGAAUGGAGUUAUAAAUUUGAUACAGCUUGGGUGCCUCCAUAUUCUGGCAUGGUUGAAAGUGGGUUAGAGGAGGAUUGUGUUUGGGAUCCCAAUAGGAUCAAGGUAAUAGAUAUCGCUAAAGCCCCACCACUAUAUAUACAUUCCCUGCAACAAUGGGUUGAAGCACAUAGAAAAUAAAACCAAACAUGCAUUUUAACAAUUUGAUGAAUUAUUUACAAUUACAUAGUUUUCUCCUUUCUUUAACUUUGAAAAUAUUUACUGUGCAUUGAUUUCAUUUUUAUUUCUAACAAGAGGCCAUUACAGGCAAAGGAACAAAUACCAUGGAAACCAAGGCAAUGUUCCUCUGACACAAUAUUACUAGUGCUUAAAUAAAUGUAACCUCUUUAAAAAUGUUAACAGACAGGAACGGCGUUUCCUUGCUCUAGAUCAGGGGUAGUCAACCUUUUAAUACCAACUGCCUACUUUUGUAUCUUUGUUGAUGGUAAAAUUUCCUUACCGCACACCAAGGCUACAGUAACUCAUUGUAUAGCACAACGGUAAAUGUUUAUUAUGUUGAGUUAGAUCUUUUAAAAGGAGCGUUUUUUUUUAUAAAUAUGUACUUAAAUGUAUCUAUUUUUUUUCUAUUUUACUUUUUUUCUAUGUGUGUCUGUGAUGUGUGUCUGUGAUGUGUGUGAAGGAUGCUGUAUGUGUGUUUGUGUGUGAAGGGAGUAGUGUGUGUGUAAAAAGUUGUGUGUGAAUGGUGCUGUGUGUGUGAGGGGUGCUGUAUGUGUAUGAGGGUGCUGUGUGUGAGGAGUUCAAUGUGUCUGUUAAGAGUUCUGUGUGUGUGAGGGAUCAGUGUGUGUGUGUGAGGGUUGCAUUGAUUGUGUGUGUGAGGGGUGCAGUGAUUGUGUGUGUGAGGGGUCAGUGUGUGUGUGAGGGGUGCAGUAUGUGUGUGAAGGGUGCAGUGUGUGUGGGGGGGCACAGUGUGUGGAAAAAGUUGUGUGUGAAUGGUGUGGUGUGUGUGAGCGGUGCGGUGUGUGUGAGGGGUGCAGUGUGUGUGCGAUGCAUGUGAAAGGGGGCAGUGUGUGUGUGAGUGGGGGCAGUGUGUAUGUGUGAGUGAGGGGGCAGUCAUAUUGUGUGUGUGUGUGUGUAGGGGGGCAGUCUGUGUGUAUGGGGGGCAGUCUGUGUGUGUGAGAGUGGGCAGUCUAUGUGUGUGAGUGGACAGUCUCUGUGUGUAUGCAUGUGUGAGAGUGGGCAGUCUGUGUGUGUGUGAGAGGGGGCAGUAAGUCUUUGUGUGUGUGUGUGUGUGAUAGGGGGGCAGAUUGUGUUUGUGUGGGGUGUAGUGUGUUUGUGCGUGAAGGGUGCCUAGGUUCCAUGCUGUGUGUAUUUGGGUGAGAUGUGAAAAUCUAUCUUAAUGUCUCUCCCAUUAUGUCCCCCCUUCUUCUUACCUUUUAACGGGGAGGGGAGAUGUAAUGCUGAAAGUCCUGGUGGUCCAGUGGUGGCAUGUUAACUUUAGCCUGCAACUCCUUCGGGCUGCAGGCUGACUCUCUUGCCCUCCUACAAGCACAGCACUGUAUCAGAGUGUUGCCAUGGUAGCAUGCAGCAACACUCCAACUAGCCUGCUAGCAGGAGGAACACGGAGCCUCCCAGGACCUUCCCUCCCUCUGCUGAAACUAAGUGCCAGCGGGCCAGCGGGCCAGUGAGGGAGAAGGCUUACAGCAAGGCUGGCUCUGCAUGGGCUGGCAGGGGAGAUGAAAGGAUCUCCCCUGCCAGUCAUGGUCCACAGCCAUCGAGGCCACCGGGCGUUUUCUGUAAAACCCACCACCGCCCACCUGAAAUUCCAAACCACCCACUAGGGACAAGGUUGACUACCCAUGCUCUAGAGCCUUUCAUAUUUACAUAUUUUUAAAAAUAUUUCUUAUGUUAGAUUAUUACUCACAUUGUUACACUCACUGCCUUGUCAUUUCUAAUUAUCUUUGUUAUAACUGUAUUACUGUUACUUAUUCUGAUAUAAAUAUAGCCAUUCUAAACCACUUCUGUUUUAUUUGUGAGAACCUGAAUUUCUCAAGAAUAUUGUAUACAAACUGGAAUUUAAUUAAAAAUAUGUAGGAACCAAGUCAUGUAUUUCUUUAUUUAUCUGAAUUAUUUGUGAAAUUACUAUUUAUUGUGUGAAAAUAGCUUUAUUUUCUAAUGUUCCAGCCAGUUACAUUAAGCCAUUAUUUUAAACUAAAAACAGAGAAUAUAAGAACUCUGAAAAUAGACAAACGCUUAGUUAAAGGACCACUAUAGUGCCAGGAAAACAUACUCGUUUUCCUGGCACUAUAGUGCCCUGAGGGUGCCCCCACCCUCAGGGUCCCCCUCCCGCCCGGCUCUGGAAGGGGGAAAGGUGAUUAAACUUACCUUUUUCCAGCGCUGGGCGGGGAGCUCUCUGCCUCCUCUCCUCCUCCGAUCCUCCUCCUGGGCUGAAUGCGCACGCCUUUAACUAAGCUGAAGUGGUCUGGGUGCCUAGAGUGGUCCUUUAAACUCAAUAGCACAUGUAAAUCCCCACUCAGGUCUCAUAACAGUUUGUGCUCGCUUGUGCAAUUACAGAGAGAACCUAUGCCAUUUGCAUAUCAGACUGGUCCAGCUUAUAUGGGCAGUCCAGAUCCAAAAUACUGGUAAGUUCCUUCUGCACAAGAAAUACAGCAGCAAUCAUUCCAGCCUUCUUUGGGCCCCAUCAGCGCGGUGUAGCUGAUACCCCUCUAAGCACAGUGAGACUGGGAUCCAUGUCUAGAUUACCCAUUUAACUUAGGGAGAGCAACAAAAACAGACAACAUUGGAACUCUGAUAGCAAAAGCUUAGGAAAUAAUUUUCCCUUCAGUAAAUCCCCACCCAGGUCUCAAAAUAGUUUUUGCUCACUUGUGCCAUGACAGAGUCAACCUAAAUCAUUUGCAUAUCAGAUUGAUCCAGACUAUAAAGGCAGUCUAAAUCCAAAAUGCUUGACAUUUUCCUCUGCAAGAGAGACACAGCAGCCCUGGGCGAUCGUUUUGGCCAUUUAUGGGCCUCGUUAGUGAGGUGUAGCUGCUACACCUUAUUUGAAACUAAGUGAAUGUGCAAUCAGUGGUUCCAUCAUUGUCUCCAUUGAUGUAGAGAUAAUACUGGAUCACUUUAUUCUACAGGAAACGUGCCAGCAAGAUUAAUGGCAGAACAAAAGUUGAAGGUACUUUACAUGUUUCAUGCCUUGUGGCACUUUGUCAGAGAAACAAAUUGUUACUACCAACCACAGUGCAUCUCCAUGCGUGUCAAACUCCUGCAAGACUUGCCUGAUUUCACUAAAGAUGUAUCCCGGCAAUUCUUGUGGGAUGUACUGUAAUUGGCUGAUUAUUCAAGGGGAUGGAGUUUUUUAACAUGUCCUCAGGCCUUUAGAGGGGACAGUCAUGGCACUGCAAAAUGUCUGUUCUUCUGGAGAGUGCUGAUGACUUUAAUGCUUCUUCAUGGUUAGAGAAUGAGUCAGAGUGUUGCUGCGAGUUACCAUAGUACACUUUUGCACAUUCAAUAAGAGUUCCUGGAAAGGAGUGUUUGCCCAUAAGUGGGGAAGAGUAUGUUUGACACCACUGGACCACCAGGGAGCCAUUAUUCUAAUUACAAAACUGGUUAGCAGCAUAUAACUACCCCCCCUCAAAUACCACCCAUAUAUUCAACCAACGCACUCAGCCAACUCUACCCCACACACACACACACACACACACACACACAGAUAUAAAGAUAUAGAUAUAUAGCCUGGAUAGUCCAGUGGUUUCAUUACUACCUCAGAACUGGCAAAUUUUAGCAAAUAAUUCAAUGGUACAACACACUUCAAAGAAACUCCAAAUAUUGGUGCUUGUGUCAUAAAUAAGGUUCCCGUUCCACCGAACCCCCUCAGUAAUUAAAAAAUAAAUGAAGCCGUAAGCACACAGCAAUAAGACGUAAUGGUGUUUUAUUAAGCUAUCAAACAUGAAAAGGCAACUUUUCACCAUCAUAUGUGUAUUUGAUGCUGCAACUUUGCUUUUUCAAGUUUGAUGGCUUAUUAAACCACCACUAUGCCUUAUUGCUGUGUACUGAUGACUUGGUUCAUUUUUAGACUUGGAAAACCCAGGUUUAAAUCCUGGUGAGACCACCUCAGCAGUAAGUGUCUAUCAGGGUUCUUACCUGAGGUUGGAGUUUGAAGCGCAGAUAUGUUUGCUCACCCUUGCAGAUAGACACAGUCCAAGGUGACCAGGUAAGAAGCCACCUGGACUGUGAAUCUGUGCACGGGGGCUGUGCAGGAAAGGUGAUUCCAAUGCAGUACCGACAAGGACACAAACAGCAGGAAAGUCGAGGGAUAGCCAAAGUCAAAGGAUGCCAGAGGUUAAGAUAAACGAAGUGUAGCCAAAGUCAAGGGAUGCCAGAGGUCAGAAUAAAUGAAGACAGAAGCCAGGGUUAAUAUGGAAUACAAGUUCAGGAGACUUGAAAACAGGAACUGAACACAUAAACCAGGAUCAAAGACUUGAUAAUGUUCCCAGGGUGAGGCAGUGCUUAUAUACACAGCUGAUGACUGAUCUGUCUCAGGUGAAGCACGCGCAAGGACCACAGAAUAAGUCCAACCCCCCGUGCUGCAGACAUAGCCAGGUAGAACAGGGCUAGAACUACUCCAAAGAAUAGGAACUGCUGUGGCUGAAAGGCAGUAUAGCAGACCCAGGACAGCAAAUAACCCAGGUUAUAAUCCCCUGUUGGACACUUCAUGGGCGGCUACGCCUGUCCGUCUGUAUGUCACAGUGUAUAGCGCUGCAGAAUAUAUUGGUUCUAUAUAAAUGCUAUUAAUAAUGUAUCUAUAUGUUUAUAUCUAGUUAUAUGACAUACAGAAUUCACAGCGGGAGUGGGUCCCUGAGGGUGGGGGCACCCUCAGGGCACUAUAGUGGUCCUUUAAUAUAUGUACAGGAGCCUCUUAUUAAAGUUCCUGGACUCAAGCUUUUAAGAGUAGCAGAGUGUAACUCACAUCAACACUGGGUUGAAAAAAUUUGAAUGUUUCCCCAAUUGAGCAUUUCGGUCUCCACCUCAUUAGUCACCCCCUCCCACCCCACCCCCAUUAGUAACUGUCUUCCCUUAUCCUUUCUAGAUGUCUUGUCACAUGGGAUCUAUUAGUCUCAGACUCAGUCUCUAUCAAUAUUUUGAAUUACUCUGCGGUUUCAACUGAUCAUAGAAAGCUCUAGAAAAGGAAACUGGUAGAUAUAAAUAUGUAUACUAAUUUGAAAGAAGACAUUUUAUUGAAACUAUUUAGAUACAUGACCUGAGGCAUAAAAAAAAAAUACAAGUUUUGUUUCUAGAGAAAUUGAAACUUAUCUUUACAGUUCACAGUUACAUGCUAAGUGAGGCCUAUAUAGUUUGAGAUUUAACUCGUUUUUUGUUUUUUUGCAAUUAUCUCUGAGCAAUGCACGGUCUGACCUUGGGGUGAAUUUGCUGGGACAUCCACUCCUGAGAAGAUUGGCAACUGUCUUGAAUGUUUUCCCCUUUUGAAUAAUCUUUCUCCCUUUAGAAUGAUGGACUUUAAAUUGUUUGGAAAUGGCCUUACAACGCUUUCCAGUAUGAUGGGCAGAAACAAUUGUGUCUCCAAGAUCUUUGCUGGUGUAUUUCCUUGUUAUCAUUGUGCUAACACAAACUUGACUGCUACAGACUAGCAAACUGCUAAAACUUCAGCUUUUCUAGAGAUGGUCCCACUUGCUGAUGGUCAAUUAAUCAGGGGCAUUUGAUUAGCAGCAACUGUCUGCUACUUAGCCUGUUAAUUCCUAUGGAAGCAGUAAGGUUGUACUAAGUCCUUUAAGUCCUGCAAGUUGCGAGGUGGAGUCUUCAUGGAUCAGAUUUGUUGUUCCAGUACCUACCACAAAAGCUCAAUUGGAUUGAGAUCUGGGGAAUUUGGAGGCCAAAACUUGAACUCUUUGUCAUGUUCCUUAAACCAUUUGUGAACAAUUUUUGAAGUGUCAGUGCAUUAUCCAGCUGAAAGAGCCUGCAUCCUUUAGGGAACACCAUUGCCAUGAAGGGUGUAUGUAGUGUGCAACAAUCUCUAGGUAGGUGGUACGUGUCAAAGUAACAUGAAUGAAGAAAUUUGUUUUAUGUAAAUUAAUUUCAUUUUUAAUGUUUCCCCUCUGGGGUCUCAGACAGCAGAGUCGGCACUAACAUUAUAAUGCUAUAUCUGUUGUGACCCCCUUCAGCAGCAUGAAGUGCUGGGCAUAUAUCCCUAUCAGGCCCUGCUCUACUUUCAUUACAGAUCUGCACCUCCGAUUAGGAACUGAACUGCCCUCUGCUGAUAUUCCCAGUCAGAGAACAGAAGGGAGUAUUUAUACAGGACUUGUUUUUUUUUUUUUUGUAUUAGGUAAAUAUGACAGUUUGCACGGAGCCCUCGCCGGGAGAAGACAAAUUAUAUUUUUCGUCGGGAAUUAUUUUAUUUUCCAUCAUGGUUUUUUUUUUAGCACUCGUUUUUUAUUUUAUUUAAUUAGUUCGACGCAAAUUAUGCAUUUUUGUUUGUUGUGUUUUGAGGCUGAAAAAAUAAGUUGGGGAAAAAAGAAGACAUCUAAUGGCAAAUAUUAAUUUUUUAAUUUACAGGUGGUAAGUUUAUUGCCCCCACACUAUUAUUAGGGUGAGGGGGCGUAGGUAGGGUAUUUGUUUAUUGAGGGGUGACUAGGGUCUUUGUGACCCCUAGUCAUGAAGAGGGGGGAUUAUUUUUCUAAUUAGCCCCCACCCGUCGCCAAUAGGGAGCCUUGGGGGGGCAAUAGCCCCCCCAUUAUUAUUAUUUAAGGCCCCCACCCGUCAUUAAUGGGUGGUGGGAUUGCGGGGGGGGGGGACACACUAGGUCCUUAAAUUAGUUUAAUAGCCCACACUCGCAGGGCACCGGUUGGGGCAUGGGGUGACACUAUGCCCCACAGUUAAGUGCCCCACCAUGGGAACAUUUGGAUUAGUGACUGGGCAGCAAUAGGUGCCUAGUGGCUAGUCUUUCUUUAUAACAGUGAGUAGCCACUGGAUUUAACCUCCCUUAUACUACUAUGGGGUCAAACUGACCCCACAGGGUGAUGGGCAUAAGGGGAUUUAGGAAGCUGCAGGGAUCAUAGCUCCCCACUGCUUCUAUUUUUAAAUAUUAACAGAGGGCCGGUCGCGGCACUUUUCAUGUGAAAAGUGCUGCAGUCGGCCUGUGGCAUACAACAAAUUGCUGCCCGUGGUGGACCAUACCCCCGCCCCCCCUUGCUACGCCACUGCUCACAAGGUGCAGAUGAAGAUUAUUUGUAGUUUUGCUGUAGUUAUUUGUAGUUAUAGUGAUCUGCAAGCUAAAUGGCCUUACCCUUAGAAAAUGCAACAUCACUGAAAGAACUUCUGAAAUGAAAGAUGGAAGCGCAUCUGAAGAAGAUAGAUUUGGCUACAAUGGUCCUUUCUUCUGUCCUGCGGCCAGUGAAGACUUAAAACCUAAGCCUGGAGAAAAAUUUUGCAAAUGACUUUGACUAACCUCAUUAAUAACAUUAAAGUACCUGAUGACUUGUCAUGAAACUUCCAUGUGUAACCGCAAGUGGUACCAUAUUACUUCUAUAACGUCUCAAUUGCCUAAAAUUCAGCAGGACUGACCUUACAAGUAUCUUGGCAACAAUGUUAUAUAGACAGUCAAGGUUUCUCUACUCAUAUCAUAUAAAUAAUUAAGAAUACAAUAAAAAUAUGGAUUUGGAAGCAAUCAUUAUUUUGUCUUUAUAAUAUUUUUUUUUUGUAUAUAAAUGAAUAUAGAAAGUAUGUAAAAACCUCAAAUAGGUGCGAUGGUGAGGUUCCUAGUGCUUUUUAGAUCCGGGUAUGGCAGCUGGUACUUCCCAAACCAAAGUCCAUUCUAUCUGGCCAUAACUAGGUAUACACAUCAGGAAAGGGUACAGGAUAGCAGCGUCUUCUGGAUGUCCUCAAAAUUUUUGUGGAGCUUAUGCUCAAAGAAAACAAAGAUAAUAGAACCAAUUACAUAAAACUGCUGACGCGUUUCACCCAAAGGGGCUUUUCCACAGUGUGAAAAAGCCAUUUUGGGUGAAAGGCAUUAGUGUUUUUAUGUCAUUUUAUUAUCUUUGUUUUAAAUAAAACAAUUUUUUUACCUUACUUGGACCUUCCUGAUUUUAUCCAUGAAGAUUUUAUCCGGAGGAGCCACACUUUUUACCUCCUUGGUCGGGGGAAACCACAUACGCUACACAGGGUUGAGCAAAAAAAAUUUGUGUUUUUUUUGCUUUCCUUAUGUGAGUAUACCUUUUUUUAUUUUGCUUUUACAACAACAAAAUGGAGAGCACUAUUUUUCUGUCUUUAUUUUCAUUUUAUGUAAUUGGUGAAUAUCUGUGACAAUCUGUGACAAGGUAUGUAUUGAUGCUAAAUGUGCUCUCAUGGAAAAAUCCCCCAUGAUUAUAUUUUACAUUGAUUAUAAUAUUAAAUGCUACCAACAUGUAACAGUCUACAUUAGUGGUGUCAUCAAUGGAUAUAUCAUUAUUACUCUGUGAAUUACGUUCCUGUCCUAUCAGAAAUCAUUUAUUCUAAGUUAUCUCUUCCAAUUUCAGAUCCCCUUCCUCCUAUAUCUGCUUUUUGUUUUCAAGGUCUCUUAUUCAUUUCAAACUCAGGGAUGUUUGCUCCCUCUCAAUCUAAACAUUUCAAUUUUAUUUGGAGGGAAAUACCCAUGAAUGCUCAACACUUUAACUGGUCCUUGACUCUGAACUAUCAUUUACAAGGAACCAAACCAAGCAGCAAAUCCACAGGGGGGUAUCAUACCAUCGAGGCGCAUAUAUAUAUAUAUAUAUAUAUAUAUAUAUAUAAAUAUAUAUCUUGAGCUGAACAUAAUCUCCAGAACAUUUUUGAGGACACCCAGAAGGCGCUGCUUUCCUGUACUCUUUCCUGACCAAUAUGUAAAAACUUAAUAAUCAUAAUAAUUAAAGCAGAGUAAAUAAAAUUAAAUGUAUAUGCUUGUAAUAUAAGUAAAAUAAAAUCACAUGCCCUCCUGAUCGUUACUGUUAAUCUCUCGUUCUUCUGUUAAUACAGCAGCAAAAUCACGCUCUCCCAAUUCUCUGUCAACUAACUAAAAAUUUGAGUUAUUAUAGAUUUUAGAUAAAAAAUAAUUCUGUUUAGUUCGGGGCAGGAAAAAUACCAUAAAAUACAUUAAACCAGGUAACUGCAGUUUACUUAUGGGGAAACUGCAGCCAAUCAACAAAAAAUAAUUAACCUUAAGUCUUGGUUUCUUGGCACAUAGACAAGGCCAUAAUGAAAUAAUGCGGAACCUGACCUUGCGUUGCAAGACAAAAUGGCAUCUAUAGUCUAAACAUUUUACUUACGAAGCUGGGCGUGAAGCCAGUUUGAUAACAAAAUGAACACAGUAGAAGCUACAACAUUUUUCAUUGUAAGUAACAAAGGGGGGGAACCUGUCUUUUUUUUUUUGCAAGGGCCCAUAACACCCUCUCCUUUAACUGUGGAUUUCUUUGCACAAUAAAAAUGGCAAUUUUUUAUUUUUCAGGACCAACUUUACAUUUUAUGAAUAAAUUAAUAGCAUUUGCCAACACAUUGCCUUAAGGGACAUGGGUCUCGUUAUAGUGUAUGUUAUGUUAAUACAGCAAUCCAAAUGGCAUCUUGGGAACGCCUCUUUUUGCUGGUAUCGGAAUCUUGGUAACACCUCUACUUCUCGCUGGUAGACUUGCAACGACAUUGGACGCUGGGUGCCAUUAACAGGUAAAAUCUGCAGAAAAACUUUACAUUUGUUAUACUUUGUAUAAUAAUGAGAGAUGGAAUAGUUAAUGUUUCUAGUGUUUUGUUUUAGGGACAAACAACCUUGCACAUGGUUUAGCUAUAUAAGGAUUAUUGGAAUCAGCAAAGCAUUUUUUCCAUUUGUUCACAGUGAUAUGUAAAGUUACAUUUCUCUUGUAAAAUUAAAAUUUUAAUAUUUGUUUUGUUUCACUUGUCUCGGAGACAUUUUGUGGGAUAUUAGCUGCAAAGAUAUGGCAUUAUUCAUUCGUUUGUGUUCUCCUAGGGAGACAAAUUAGUUUCCAAGUUGCAAUCAGUAAAAAUAGAACUAUAGUUAUUAUUGGCUUAAAAUAUCGAAAACCACCUCAAAAUGAUCUCAAUAACAUUGUUACCAAUGUUUGAUUAAGUUUCAUCCACCAUUUUAAAAAAAUGGCCUAAUGUAGGUAAAAUAUUACACUGGUGUCUAGCACCCUCUGGUGCAUUUUUAGGAUAUUCCGGUAUCUGCACUUUAUUUGGUUAGAGGAAAGUAUCUGCACUAUAUAAUAGUAACCAAUCUUCCAGCUCUAUAAAUUAGUAUAAAACCUCACACGUAAAAUAAAGGAGAGAAUAAAAUCUUAGGCUGGUAAAUUUAUUACAUAUAGAAAACAUAAAAACACACUCACAAAGGUAAUGGCACAAAUCUGUUGAAAAUGUGCAAAUCUGCUUUUUGCAAUUCUUAUACUAUGAUAAUAAUAAUAAUAAUAAUAAUAAUAAUAAUAAUAAUAAUAAUAAGUUAUAAUUAUUACUUGGUUAUAGACUCUCCUCUAUGUGCCAUAUCCGCCUGUCCCAUAUUUCUCAGACAUUCCUGCCUGUCCUUUUUGAAGUGCCUGAAUUGACUCCCAUCUUUUCUGAUAGUGAACAGAAAUCUGCACAAGUAAAGCUAUACUAGCCUAGUUAUGACUAUAGCUGAACUGUAGAUUUCAAUUCAGAUUUUAAUUUGCUGCAAUGUGUGGAUUUAGUGAAUAACCCUUACAGUCUUCCUGUUUGUUAACGAAAAGACAAACAAAAAAACAACCGAACAGGCUGGUGGGUAUGUUAGGGUGGAAAAGACAGAUCAAGAGAACCUUAAAACUGCCCAGACUGUUGGUUUUUGAGGAAUCCCUAAACUAAGCAAUUUCUAGUAAUUUGACAACCAAUACACAGCAUUUAUUGAAUAAACAUCUCUGUGUAAAGUAGAGGAUUAGUUCAGGUCUGCUAUCUUGACCUUGCUUUUUGACAGUUUGUUUAGUGAAUAUACUAUUUUGUUUCUGCCUGUUGGGACAAAAAUAUAGAACAAACAAAAUUUAGAAAGAAAAGAUACACAAAGGUAAAAACUUAAAAAGUGUCCCCCACUUCCCUUUUGUUGCAAUACCUGCACCUGUUGCGCACCCUCAACAUUCCUGUUGUAACCCUAGUAUCGUGCAUCAUUCCAAGGGGCCCGUUACCAUGGCAUUAUUUGAGCAUCAUCCAACCUGCACAUUUUGGCGCAGCAGGAAUGAUGACUAUCCCUUUGUAAUUUUUUCUACCAUUAUACUGUAUAUCCUGACACCCUCUCUUCCAAUUCUUCUCACCCCCACCACAUAAAUAAAGCAAAUGUAAUUAUUUGGUGAUGUGAUUCAUUUGCUGAAAUCUCCAUGUUCUAGGUUUUAAGAAAAGAAAGGCAUUAUCUCGUAAUCCACCUGAGAAAAGUAUUUCCUGAUAUUGUGCACAGUCUGCGCUGAUAACUGUAAGAGGUAUGUAUUGAUGCUAAAUGUGCUCUCAUGGAAAAAUCCCCCAUGAUUAUAUUUUACAUUGAUUAUAAUAUUAAAUGCUACCAACAUGUAACAGUCUACAUUAGUGGUGUCAUCAAUGGAUAUAUCAUUAUUACUCUGUGAAUUACGUUCCUGUCCUAUCAGAAAUCAUUUAUUCUAAGUUAUCUCUUCCAAUUUCAGAUCCCCUUCCUCCUAAAUCUGCUUUCUGUUUUCCAUGUCUCUUAUUCAUUUCAAACCCAGGGAUGUUUGCUCCCUCUCUAUCUAAAGAUUUCAAUUUUAUUUUGCUCAGUCCCAUGCUCCAGCUCACCAUCCCUUUCAUUCAUAUCAGCUUCAUUAGAGGAUGCAUAAUACAUUAAUACAAAUGACUUUUAUAUAUAGUAUAACACUGAAAGAAAUUCAGAAUGCACAAACUGUGAUACUAUUCUAUCUUCUUUUACUACAAUAAGAAGCAUUUUAAAGUAGGAGAUUACAGGGAUAUAAUAGACUUUUUUUUUUUUAAUUCUGUAUCUAUAUUCACAGGCGUACAAUAAAGAUCAUAACAGUAGGUACAGUAACACUGUGUAAAAUAAGUAACCAGAAGAGAAAAAAAUUAAUGCUAUUGUUGGUCGUGUCCCACUAUGGGUGGCAAGACAUCACGCAGAGGACAAUUUUGUGAAGCUCUAGUAAUCGCCCAAAAGUUAUAAGCUGAUAAUGGGCUUGAUUUAAUUAUAUUGGAUACGUAUUUCUAAUUAUUAUUAUUAUUAUUAUUAGCACCAACAUAUUCCGCAGCACUUUACAAUUAUAAAAUGGGGAUAAUUAACAAGUAAAUAACAUACGCAAUGUAACAGAGAGAAGAUGUGAAGAAGGCCAUGCUCAAACGAGCUUAAAACAUAUGAUCACCCAAAGACUCUGGGAACCAUGGGACAAUAGCAUAGUGGGCUCCAGUGAGGACAGGUAGGACUGAAUAUGAGAGUAGAUGCGGACUAGCCAUGGAGAUCCCCUUUUCACGAAGAACAUAACUAUAGCAUUAUAAACAGAGGAACCCUCCAACAUCCCCCAUCUUCUUCCCCCCCAUCUUCACUCUACCUCUUCCAGAUGCUAUAUUUUAUCUCUAUUUUCUUCCUUAGAACUUUCUAUCCUUUCUUUCUUUGUUGUUUUCUUUUUUGUUGUUGUUUUUUUGUGCUUCCCUACCUUUCAAGGGAAGGAUUCUCUCCUUUUUAAUUUUUCUUCAAUUUAUCCCAGGCAUGCUCAAAAUAAUGAAGGAAUAAGGAAACCCAAGGGCUAAUGGGCAGUUGUUAAGAUAAGGAUCCUUAUGUUUGUCUGAAUGCCGGUUUAAAAAACACAAAAACCCUCGAUGGAAGACACGUCUCAAAGGAGUAAAGAAUUGGUAUCAAAUGGUUCACCGGAAGCGCAUUAUGUUUUCCAUAAAUAAUACUUAUGUUGGCUUCUGCAUAAGCCCAAAAUUUCAACGUACACUUGUCAUUCCUAUCGAGUGACAAAUAAAGGAUAAAAAAACCAAAACAACAUAUUAUUACAAUGAGGUAUUCUAUUUAUUCUAUAAAAAUCCUUGUAGACUUAAAUGGUAACUUCUGUACAUAUAUCAUUUGGAAAAUUUUUACAAGAAAUAUUGAUCAUUUGAAAACUUAUCCAAAAUAAUUAAAAUGAGGCCUAAGAAAGAGUCCAGAGACUCUGAUAGGGUAUCAUUUGGCGAUGAGGGACCUUGUCUGACUUUCUCAUCAGAUAUUGUUUUUUGAAUAAUAAAAUGAGCUUUCCAUCCAUCUGCCCACCUGUCCUGAAACACAUAGUUACAAAUAUUUAUUCUGCCCAUGUGUGUUCAUUUUGGUUCCUUUAUAAAUACAUUCAGAACUUCAUCCCUAUUAUCUCCCUAAUAUUAGCUCUAAUAUUCUAUAUGUAUAAACAGUGAAUUAGUCUAUAUGUAUAAACAGUGAAUUAGUCUAUUCAUCUCCAAUUGAUAGCUCAUGUGGAUUGUGAUAGCUGUGAGCAGAGAGGUGCAAGGUGUACCCAGGCACAAUCUAAUGAAGGGUCAAUUUGCCAGCCCUCCUUAUACCUCAUUUAGAUGUCUAUCUGCACUUUUGAAACAUUGUAAAUUAAAUAAUUGCUGGUAAUUAGCAAAACAACCCCACAUUUAAUUUUGAUAUUUCAUUUUUAUUAAUUUUGUCUGAUUUUAUUAUUCAAUAAAUGUUGGUCUUUUAUAAAACAAAACUUCACUGUGUGCACACCCUAAUAAAAUGUGCUGAGCAUAAAUAAAUUAUGCAUUUUACACUAAUUAUAUAUUACGUUACACUCUCUGUACUUAGCUGGACAACUCUUUAUCUGUUGCUUUUCAGCCCGGCACCAUCACUCCAUCACACUUUUUCUCUCUCUGAGUAUGUUAUCAUUGUUUUACAGGAACAAAGUAUUUCUUUUGAGGUGUGGGAUAGAGUAGUGGUAUAAUGCUUUUAUACCAAAAUAUAUUUUUACAGAGUUUUCGUAUAAAUUUAAUGUAGUUUAAAACAAAACGCUAUACACUUAAAACACUUUUGCUUGCUGAAAUGUUUUAUGUGUGAAGAGUGCAUCCGCUUUUUUUCAAUUUACAAAAAGUGCAGAUUUUUAUAGUAACUGGCACUUUCAAAAAUUAACAUUGUUACACCUCCCUGGCUGUCAGACAGACAACAGGUCAUGUUACUUCCUGGUUGUUUAGCUCAAUGAAGCUAAACUCAAGAGGCAGCAAUUACCAAGAGCACCUGCCAUGCACAGACUUCUCAUUGAGCUGCAUUCUGAAGUCUGUGAUUGGACAGCCACAUAAAGUCUGGGAGGGUUAAAAGGGGAGGGCUCACAAAGGCUGCAGACAAGAGAUCUGAAACUUUUGCAAGCUGUAUUUAGAUAUACCUCAAAUGGGAAAAAAGGCACAAUUAAGUGUAUACAUCUUUUAACUGGGGGUACAUCUACUAAACAUGAUUUUUUUUCUUUUGUAUUUGGGCUGCAAAUUGUUCAAGAAAAAAAAAUAUGACAACUCAAAAAAAGCUUGAAAAUUGCUGAAUAUUUUGAGACUAUACAGUUUCUGUUUGUACUGAGCUUCUAAUGAUGCGCUCGCUCCAUGCUUUCUAAGGACUGUCCCCUAACACUCACUUGUCCACUCCUCUCCUCAGUGGCGUCUCUAGGAUUCAUUUUUAGGGGGGGCACAUGGAGGGCCAGGGACAAAAGUAGGGGGGCACAUUUAACCCCGCCCUCGCCACAGUUUGACCCCGCCCCUGUCGCAUGUUAAGCCCCGCCCCCGACACAAUGUGUUUUGUUUUUUUAAUAAUCCCUGGUGGAGGAUUCAUUAUUUUCCACCAGGGAUUAUUAAAAAAACAAACACAUUACCCUUGAUACAAUGCCAUAGUUGCCAACAUUUGAAAAAAAAUUCCAAGGACAUUUUGCAGCACAGCUAUCAAUUACAGUCAGUGCUCUCUGUAUAAUACAGGGUUGUGUGUAUAAUAAAUUGGGACACUCAGUGCUCCCUGUAUAGUGCUGCUCUCUGUAUAAUACAGAUCUGUUUGUGUAUAAUAUCCCAAGACAGAGAGCAGCACUAUACAGGGAGCACUGACUGUCCCGGGAUAUUAUACAGGCACAGGCCUGUAUUAUACAGAGAGCAGCACUAUACAGGAAGCACUGACUAUCCCGGGAUAUUAUAUACACACAGAUCUGUAUUAUACAGAUAGCUGAGCAUAUACCCCAUGUCCCAAUCUCUAGACUACUAGUACCUGUCAACAGCAGCUCCCAGACGCGUGUAACAGGGCUAAAGUGUGCGGCAGCUCACACAGAUGAUUCAGCGGUAAAGUGCACUCGCUGGCAGAGCCAAAUUGGGAAUCCAAAGCAGCCAUGGAAAAAAAAUGUAUGCCAUUCCUACAAGUCAAAAUAUAUAUAUAUAGUACAGUAAGCACACAAGCUCACUGACAUGCGCAAAUAGGCUUACUGACAGACAAAACUCUCUGACUCACACACAAGCUUACUACAGACAAACUAACUUGUAUAAACAGAAGGCUCACUACAAAGAAGUUCAGGGACACACACAAGCUCACUAAAGACAAGCUCACUGACACACACAUGCUCACUAAAUAGAAGCUCACUGACACACACAAGCAGUACCAUUUUAACAGAGUUAAGGGCCCCUGGGCAAAGCAAUGCACUGGGGCCCUUCCUACACAAUAACUCACAGGAAUUUUAAUUAUUGAUAGACUGCUGAGUCCAUACACACACACACAGACUGCUGAGUCCAUACACACACACACACACACACACACAGACUGCUGAGUCCAUACACACACACAGACUGCUGAGUAAAUACACACACACAGACUCUGCUGAGUCCAUACACACACACAGACUGCUGAGUCCAUACACACACACACACACAGACCGCUAUGUCCAUACACACAUAUACAUACACACACACAGACUGCUGAGUCCAUGCACACACACACACAGACUGCCGAGUCCAUACACACUCACAGACUGCUGAGUAAAUACACACUCACACACACACACAGACUGCUCAGUCCAUACACACACACACAGACUGCUGAGCAGUGGCGGAUCCAGAGCCUGAUCUCGGGAGGGGCACUUGUAGAUUAUUUAAAGAAAUAAUCCAGACACAAUAACCACUACAGCUCAGUGUAGUGGUUAUGGUGUAACCAUAGCAGUGUAUGUCAGGGAUGCAGUGUAUGUAUGGGACAGUAUGUGUGUGUAACAGUUGCAGUGUGUGUGUGUGUGAGUAUUGCAGUGUAUGUGUGAGUGUGGGCAAUGUGUGUGUAUGGGGCAGCAGUGUGUGUGUAUGGGGAGCAGUGUGUGUGUAUGGGGAUAGUGUAUGUGUGUAGAGUGUGUGUGUGUGUGUGUGUGGUGGGCAGUGUGUGUGUGGUGGGCAGUGUGUGUGUGUGUGGUGGGCAGUGUGUGUGUAUGGGGGGGUGCAUGCGUGUAGGGGGGAGCAGUAUGUGUUUAGGGGGAGCAUUAUGUGUAGGGGGCAGUAUGUGUGUAUGGGGGGGCAGCAUGUAUAUGGGGGCAGUAUGUGUAUAUGGGGGGCAGUAUGUGUGUAUGGGGCAGUGUGCGUGUAUGGGAGCAGUAUGUGUGUAUAAAGGUAUGUGUGUAUGGGGGGCAGCUGUGUGUAUGGGGGCAGUAUGGGGGCAGUGUGUGCAAGGGGCAGUGUGCAUGGGGGCAGUAUGUGUGUGUGUAUGGGGGGGCAGUGUGUGUGUAUGGGGGGCAGUGUGUGUGUAUGGGGGGGCAGUGUAUGUGUAUGGGGGCAGGGGGGCAAUGUGUGUAUGGGGGGCAGUGUGUGUGUAUGGGGGGCAGUGUGUGUAUGGGGGCAGUAUGUGUGUGUAUGGGGGGCAGUGUGUGUGUAUGGGGGGCAGUGUGUGUAUGGGGGGCAGUAUGGGGGCAAUGUGUGUAUGGGGGCAAUUGCCCCGUUGCCCUCCCCCUGGAUCCGCCACUGCUUUUGAGUCCAUACACACACACACAGACUGCUGAGUCCAUACACACACACAGACUGCUGAGUAAAUACACACACACAGACUGCUGAGUCCAUACACAUACACACAGACUGCUAUGUCCAUACACACAUAUACACACACAGACUGCUGAGUCCAUACACACACACACAGACUGCUGAGUCCAUACACACACACACACACACACUGAGACUGCUGAGUCCAUACACCCCUGCUGCAGCCUACCUGUCACUGGAGGCUGUUGCUGGGGGUCAGGCAGCCAUCUUCUGCAGCAGCAUGGUCUGCUGCUUUACGGCGGGGGUGGGGCUUAUGUGCAGGAGGCAGGGCUUCAUUUGGGGGCGGGGCCUGUGCCGGGGAGCCUCCAGCCACAGACAGCCCCCAGCACCUCUCUCCUGCAUUCCCUAGGGCUGUUACACACUGUUACAUUCCGAGGUAAUAUAAUUUAAACACAUGGCCAGCAAGUUGCUGGCAUUUGGGGGGGCCAUGGCCCCCUUUGCCCCCACCCCUAGCGACGCCACUGCCUCUCCUUACCUUCUUACUAGCAGACAGAAGCUCCUGAUAUACAGUCUGGGACAGAGAAGUGAGUAUAGUAGAAAGGGAACAUGCCACAGUGUUAAAGAGACUGAACCAGCAAGAGCAUUUGCAUAGUGCGCGAAGUCAGCUUUACUAAUUUCAUUGUCAGCCAGUCUACACCAGUUUUGUUCCCCUACAUCCCUCUUAAGUUUCCAUACUCAAACAAGAGCAUGCAAGGAGUAGUAAAAAAAAAAAUGUUUUAUUAUUUUUUUCUCAAUGAGCCUAUUCCAUGAGCAUGGGCCUGGAGAUGCACAUGUAACAUGUUUUUAUCUUCUCUAUUGAGAUGAUUGAAUAAUAGUGAUAUGCUGUUUUGUUAUAGGAUGGCGUAUUAUGGGGAUUCUGAUGACGAUGAGAUUUGGGAAGAAGAGACCUUGCCAGACUUUCACGAACGAUUCCUCCUCAGUAAUAACAAGCCAAAGGAUGGAAAGCUCUAUACUAUGUUUCACGGCACAACCUUGGAAGCAGCUCAAAAAAUCAUUGCACAUGGAUUCCAGCAAUCUACUGAUGGAAUGUUAGGGAAAGGGGUCUACGUGACCAGAGAUCCAGAAAAAGCUGAACGGUAUCCUCUGGGUGAUCAACGUUACCAGGUUAUCUUGAAGCUCAGAGUGAAUGUCGGUAGAGUUAAGAAGAUAGACUAUCAGGGUCAUCCUCUGCAGAAGACGUGGUAUAAAGAUUAUGACACAGCUUGGGUGCCUAAAAUGUGUGGUAUGGUUGAAAGUGGGUUAGAGGAAGACUGCGUAAGAAAUCCCAAUAGGAUUAAGGUGAUAGGUGUUGUAAAAGCUCCAGGAAAGUCCAAACCUCAUCUGGAGAGAAUGAUUUACAAUAAGAAUAAAAAGCGAUGAGAACAUACGAAUCAAAAAAUAAAUACAAAUCUGAUUUGGUGGGAUAUUUUUUGUUACGUAAAUUGCAGAAUUUACAACAGGUAAAUUUUUUACUUUUGUACAAAUUAAGAUAUGAUUUUGGGGUAUAAAUGAUAAAAUCAUGUAGUUACUGUUAAAUCAUUCAAUUUCAGUUUAAAAUGAUGGUAAUUUGCACAACCAUUCACAAUCCUUUUAUUGACAUGAGCUUUAUACUGCAUAUCUUUUUCAAGGCUUGAUCUAAGUGAAAUCCAUUGCACAACAUGAGAAUUGAAUGAAUAACUGAAUGUGUGAGAAUGAAGACGGCAAAAAUAGUGCAUCUCAGAACCGACACAACUGUCCCUCUGUAAACAUUUAAGUGUAUGAUUGCCUGUGUUUGGGUGAAAAAUAUAAUCAACUGGCACGGCUUUAUUAAUGCACUCCAAAAUGAUUAAAGGGAGAAAAAACUGAAACCCAAGUGUUUAAUAGUAUAUGAUGUACAACCAAUCAAUAAAUCAAUCAAUCAAUAAACCAAUCAAUGGAUAAAAGUGUGUUUGAAUAUAUAGACUUUUGUUGACUCUACAAUGUUUUAAAAUAAUUCUACAAACAUUGCUGCUUAUAUUCUCAUCUUCAAACAGUUAACUGAAUAAUAUGUUUUGUUUGUUGAUAAACCAGUCACAGUUUUGUUUCAUGGGGCAUUAUCUUGCUGAAUAUAUCCGUUAUCGUAUAAUACUGAUGGUUUGUGAUGUAGUAUUGUAAAUGAUCUAUAGGGGAUUCACAGGAUUCAAAUAUAUUUCCGCGUAUGGCAAAAUAACCUUUUUGUGUCAUAAAACCCCACUGCGCACUAUUGGACCAUUAAUUGCUAAGAAAGCAGCUAAGCACCAUAACCACUAAAGCUUGUAGUACAUAGUUACAUUAUAGAGAAUUCCACAUAGCUCUUACUGUAAAAAAAACCUUUUUUAGACAUUGUGUCCUAUGUAUAACCCUGUUUAUGAAAAGAUUUCCAGAUAAUGGUCCCCGAAUAUGUUUGUAUAAUGUUAUCCUAUUCCCUCUGUGGCGCCGUUUUUCCAAACUAAAGAGAUUUACAUAUUUUUACUUUUAUUUUCAUAACUAAAAUGCUCUAUUCCUUUUAUCAAUUUUGUAGCCCAUCGCUGCACUUUUUCUAGUGCCUUGAUAUCUUUCUUUAGAACAGGUGCCCAAAAUCGCUCUGCAUAUUUAAGAUGUGGUCUUACCAGUGAUUUAUAAAGAGGCAAAAUUAUAUUUUCAUCCUGAGAAUUAAAGCCCCUAUUUAUACAUGACAAAACCUUAGCAACUGCCUUAGCAACUACUGAUUGAUAUUGCUGCCUAACUUGUUGUCUAUAACAAUUCCAAAGUCCUUCUCGUGUGUUAUCUCUAAUUCACUACCAUUUAGGGUGUAAAUUGCUUGUGCAUUCUUUAUCCAGAAGUGAACAACUUUGCAUUUCUCUACUUUAAAUUUAAUCUGCCAUUUUAGUGCACAGUCCCCCAAUCUAUCUAAAAUCCCUGCUCACGUUUUAUUACUUUACAAAGUUUUGUAAAGUAAUAAAAUAGAAGCGGUCCCAAAACAGAACCCUGAGGAACACCACUUACCACUUUUGUCCAGCCUUAAAAUUUACCAUUAAUCGGGGGUGGGCUGGCAGCCUUAGGCCUGGGGGGCAAAACCAGUCAAGUGGCCCAUUGCACCACCAAAUCAGUGUAAUGGUGCCCACCUUUUCCUGGUUUUAUAACGUAUAUUGAUGUUAUGCUAAUCAGUAGCUCUUUGCCACACCCGCUCCUUCACGCCUCUGACUUUCAAUGUUGCCAGAGCGCAGGCUGAGAAUCUCUGAGCCUGUGCUCUGACUCACUAACUGAGCGCCGGAACCACGAGGGAGAGGAUAUGAUCUGACUGCACCUACUGCUGGUGUGCACCAGUGGACCACCAGCGAAUCGUUUAAAUUGAAUAUGCUGGUGUCCCCAACUUGUGAGCUGUGUUGGCCGCCGGGCGCCUCUAUUGUGAUGGCACCCUGCGUGACCGCACAGCUUGCACACCCCAAUGGCUGGCCCUGCUGACACACACUGAUGUUACUACUUAGAAAUCCCUCAAUAUUAAUACAGACAUCAGAGAAAACACCAAUAAACUGUGGAAACAGAGCUGAUCCCAUCCAAAUUUAUAAAGAUUUGCUUACUGGAUUUGUUGUAAGAUUAAAUCAUGCCUCCUCCUCUCUCUCUCUCCCAUGCGCUGCUCUGUAGGCUGGGAGUAAGUGAAGAGUAAUCACAAUCUCCCAGCACAGUGGCACGUGUGGCUGCAUGGGGAACAGCUGUAUUUGCCGCCCCCCAGGUGACAUCACAAUGCCCCACCUAUAUGAGCUGCCAUACGAACUAACGCCAGUGCUGCACACAGUGUGUGUUUACAUUAAAAAGCCUGCAGGGAUCGGCUAUAGACACUAGAACCAUUUCAUUAAGCUGCAGUCGUUCUGGGGACUAUAGUGUCCCUUUAAUGUGAGGUAAAUUAGAGAUUAGUGUCACUAAUAAUAUACUAGAUUGCCUACUUACAACCAGAUGAGGAUGAUGAUGGGCUGCAGUUUGGCUCCACUGGUCUGGAGUAGAACAGGAUCUCUGGAGGCUGUUUGCAACUGUGGUCAGAAAAUUCAAUGUUCUGGGAGAAUUGGAAGCAGCUCCAUUUUGUGGGGGUCCCUUACACAGCUCAAGGUCUGGGCCCCAGGGCCUGACAGUGAGUAUGCCCACUCAUAAGUCCACUUAUAUGUUCCACCCACCCAUGAGUUCGUUCACAGGGACUGGAGUGUGUAAGGGAUGUGUUAUGUGUUAUUGUAGAGGAUAUAAUAUGUGUGCUUAUGGUAUGUAGUGUAUAGGCAUACCAGUUUGUAUAGGUGAUGCAGUGUGACUGUGUGUAGUGGAAGCAGUGUGUAUUUGUGUAUAAGGGAUGUAUUUUGUGUUUCUGGUUGUGUGUAAGGGAUGCAUUGCGUGAAUCUGUGUUUGUAUGCAUUAGGGAUGCAAGUGUGUGCAUUGAGUGUGUGUAAGAGAUGCAUUGUGUUUCUGUGUGUAUGUAAGAAAAGCAGUGUGUGUGUUUGCAUGUGUGUGUGUAAGGGUUUGCAUUGUGUAUUUCUGUGUAUGUGUGCAAAGGAUGCAUUGUCUUUGUGUGUAAAGGUUGCAUUGUGUGUGUGCAAUUGAUGCAUUGUGUGUUUCUCUGUGUGUAAGGGAAGCAUGUUGUGUUUAUGUGUGUGUAGGGAUGCAUUGUGUGUGUGUGUGUGUGUGUGUGUGCGCAUAGUGUGAAAGAGCUCCCUGUCUUGCACCCUUUCCUGUAGAGCUGUCCCUUCUGUCCCUUAGGGCUCUCCCCUGUCCCUUAGUGGUCUCUCCUCUCCCCCACCCUCCCCUAGUGCUCUCUUCUCACACUCACCCACCCUCCCUGUGCUCUUCUCAUCCACCCUUCCUGUGUUCUCCUCACCUCCCCCCUCCCUGUGUUCUCCUCACCUCCCACCCUCCCUGUGUUCUUCUCAGUUCCCCUUCUCCUUUCUCCCCUUACUCUCACUCUUACUUCUCCCCUCCCCUUGUGUUUCUUCUACUUCCCCUUGUUCUUCCCCAAGUUUUUAUAACCUUUCUCUUAAUCCCCUCCUCCUCCUUCUGUUACUUCCCCCUCUUCACUUACUCUCUCCUCCUUACUUAUCUCUCCUCCCUUCCUCCCCCCUCCUUCUACUUUUUUCUCCCCUCACUUUCCUACUUUUUCCUCCUCACUUACUUCUCUCCUUUCUUCUACUUUCUACAUUUCUCCCUCCUUCUUUCACUCUACUUCUCCUCUCCUUUUUACCUACUUCUCUCUUCUCCCCUCCUUACUUACUUCCCCUUCUUACUUGCAUUUCUCUCCCUCUUUCACUUACUUCUCUCCCCUCCUUCUUACUCUACUUUCCCUCCCUUUUCACUUACUUCCCUCCUUCACUUACCCUCUCCCCCCCCUCCUUCACUUACUCUCACCUUCCCUCCCCUGUAGUGUAGCGGAGCUGCUCUCCGGUCCGCGGAGCCCGGCCGGAGUGAUAGGAAGGUGCACACCCAGUGUGCACUUCCUGUCAGUCCGGCCGGGCGCCGCGGACCGGAGAGCAGCUCAGCCACGCUACGGGGGAUGGGAGGAGAGAAACAGCUGCAGCCACCUGAGGCUCUUAACACCUGCAGCAUUUAAAGGGCCGGCCCUGCAGCGGCCGGACUUAAAAGAAUUUAAGGCGGCCUGGGGGGCAAUUGCCUCCCUGCCCCCCGGCCCAGCCCGCCCCUGUCAUUAAUGACAACUCGAUGUACUCUAUCCUAAAGCCAAAGUUCUACCCAAGAACAAGAAUAUUAAUCUAGACCAAUUUAUUUUAGUUUGAACACUAACCUAUUGUGUAGAACCGUAUCAAAUGCCUUGGCAAAAUCCAGGUAGAUCACAUCCACUGCAAUACCCUGAUCUAUACUUCUUCUUACUUCUUUAUAGAAUGCAAUUAGGUUAGUUUGACAUGACCUAUGUUUCAUAAACCCUGAUUAUUAAAACUGAUUAUUGCUAAUAACAAAGGUCUUCCCAAUGAAUUCUUGAAUAUUAUCCCUUAAUUAUCCAAGUAUAGCUUGGAGGAAAGACGAGACAGGGGGGAUAUGAUAGAAACAUUUAAAUACAUAAAGGGAAUCAACACAGUAAAGGAUGAGACUAUAUUUAAAAGAAGAAAAAAGACCACAACAAGAGGACAUAGUCUUAAAUUAGAGGGCUAAAGGUUUAAAAAUAAUAUCAGGAAGUAUUACUUUACUGAGAGGGUAGUGGAUGCAUGGAAUAGCCUUCCAGCUGAAGUGGUAGAGGUUAACACAGUAAAGGAGUUUAAGCAUGCGUGGGAUAUGCAUAAAGCUAUUCUAACUAUAAGAUAAGGCCAGGGACUAAUGAAAGUAUUUUAAAAAUUGGGCAGACUAGAUGGGCUGAAUGGUUCUUAUCUGCCGUCACAUUUUAUGUUUCUAAUUGCCCUUCAAAUACUUUCCCAGUCACAGAAGUUAAGCUCACAGGUCUAUAAUUUCCAGCCAAGGAUUUUGAACACUUUUAAAAUAUAGGAACGACAUCUGCCUUCCUCUAAUUCUCCAGUACAAUUCCUGAAAGAAAAGAAUCUUGAAAGAUUAAAUACAGAGGUUCACUUAUUUCCACACUUGGCUCCCUAAGUACUCGUGGGUGAAUACCGUCAGGCUCCGGAGCGUUAUUUACAUUAAUUUUCUUUAAUAGCUGUAGCACCUUGUCUCGAAUUAUCCAAUCACACGUUAUCUGCAAGUUUUUUGCAGCCAUCAUUUACAAAUCUUUUGCAAUAGAAUCCUCAUUAAUAUAUACUGAAGAAAAAUAGUUAUUUAAAAUGUCUGCAUUUUCCUGGUCUUUAUUAACUAACAAACCUGUGAAGGAAUGCCCCAUCACUUGGUUCACUAAUUUUUCCUUGCUCCCUGUGUGUUUGCUCAUUCAAAACUCCCCUAGUUUGGUUCCCAAAUGUGGACCACCCCAACAUCUAAUUAGAACGUGGAAUACAAAGUAUUCAGUGCGAAACCACAACGGAAACUAUCAAUAAAAUGCUCCCCUGGGUGGCCGCCAUUUUGUGCAACCGAAUGCACUUAGUUGGCAGAAUGGAUGGUGGCCAUUUUGUCUCCUGAACACAGGCAGCAGUACCUGGUCGUCGAGUGCCUGGAACUGGCCUCAGCUAGGCACUCCCGAAAACACUGGUGAAGAUGGAACUGCUGCUCGUUUAAGUUCCGACCACCUAUACAAACGGCAUUUGGGAGAUAUGACCUACCCACUGGGGGGGGAGCAUUCAACACUUGAAAGCAUUUGGAUAUUGGGUGUGGUUUUUUGUAUAGAAACUGAGACCAGCUGUUGCCACAAUUUCUCUGGAACUAUUUUGGGAAUCUACAUCGUGGCCGGCCAGUCAAAACUUUCCCUUGAUGGCAAUUCCAAACCACUGAAGCGAUCCGAGUGCUUUUUGGAUAUGUUGGGCACUCAGAUCAGGGCUAUCCAGGGAUGUGACUCUCAAGGGUUUACAUGGAUUUAGUGGGUACUUUUGGAUACUUCAUGGGCACCUAGGUCAUGCAAUAGCAUGAUCUGUACUGACUGUGCUGAACUUUGUGUCUGAAGAAUAUUUUACUGUUGCUAAGUCUAGCAGUCCACUUGUUCAGGCUCCCCUGAGAAAACGAAGUGUUACCAUGUACUAUAUAUAUCCCUAUCACCUAUCUCCUUGUAUACAAACCCUUAAUUUUAUAUAUUUUUUCCUGUGCUUAUUUCUCACUGUUUAGCAUAUAUAUUCCUUUGUGUUUUGACUUUUGCCUCUGGAUGGGCCGUGGUGGCCAUGGGCCAGGACAUCCCCUGACGAUCUAUGCAGGGCCGGCACUAUCCAAACGCCGGCCCCACUGUUUUCCAUGAUGGGCCGGUGGGAAGAUCAAAGAUCUCCCUCACCGGUCCACUUGGACAAACAUGCGGCUGGGGAGCUCCGCCGGGUUCCUCUCGCGAGAUCCGUAUGUAUAUCAGUAUGUGUGUAUUUCAGUAUGUGUGUCUGUGUGUAUGUAUUUCAGUAGGUAUGCGUAUGUAUUUCAGUAUGGCUGUGUGUAUGUGUAUGUAUGUCAGUAUGUGUAUGUAUUUCAGUAUGUGUCUCUGUAUUUCAGUAUGUCUGUGUGUGUAUGUGUUUGUAUUUAUGUGUAUGUAUUUCCAUAUGUAUGUAUGUGUACGUGUCUGUAUGUAUGAAUCUGUAUGUCUAUGUAUGUAUUAUUAUUAUUAUUAUGAUAUUUAUAGAGCGCCGUCAAAUUCCGCAGCACUUUACAAUGGGUGGACGAACAGACCUACCGGAUCUACCGGAGGAGGGAAGCGAGUUCCACAGGAACGGUGCAGCCCUCGAGAAAUCUUGAAGGCAAACAUCAGAGGUGGGAAUACGGACAGAAGAUAGACGUAAAUCUUCAGCACAUCAUAAGGGUCAGCGCUGCGGCCGUGCAAUAGCGUGACUGGGCCCCUUAAAAAAAUUUAAGCCGCCAAGGAGUGCUGGGAGGAAGUGCCCGUCACUUCCUCCCAGCUACCUCCACGCGGGAGGGAAGAGAGGUAUAGCCAGGCCACGAGGAGGGAAGAGCCACGCUGACUCCCAUCAGCCACAGCCAUCCUCAGCAUGUCUGUCUGUGUGUAUGUAUGUAUGUCAGCAUGUCUGUCUGUGUGUGUGUAUGUAUGUCUGUGUUUAUGUAUGUCAGUAUGUCUGUGUGUGUGUGUGUAUGUAUUUAGUAUGUGUGUAUGUGUUUGCAUGUAUGUAUCUGUAUGUGUAUGUAUGUCUGUGUGCAGGCCCGGACUGGCCAUUGGGCACACUGGGCAAAUGCCCGUUGGGCCGCGGUGGCCAUGGACCGAGGCCGGCAGGGGAGGUCCCAGGACAUCCCCUGCCAGUCUAUGCAGGGCCGGCACUAUCCGAGUGCCGGCCCCACUGUUUGUCAUGACGGGCCGGUGGGAAGAUCAACUGGCCCACUUGGACAAACAUGCGGCUGGGGAGGGAGAGGAGGACCUGGCGGAGCUCUAUCUUGCAGCUCCGCCGGGUUCCUCUCGCAAGAUCCGGAGCGUUGCCAUGGCAACGACCGGAUCUCGCGAGAGUGAACUCUAGCCUGCAGGCUAGAGUUCACUAACCACUGGACCACCAGGGAUGAUGAACGAGUGCCGGUCCCCCCCCUCCCAGAUACCACCGUGCCUGACCCCUCCCUCCUCCCAGGCUAAAGGUAAGGAGGGAGGAAGGGGGGAUAUAAUGCAUGCUUAUUAGUUGUUGUUUUUUGUUUGUUUUUUACCCUCCCAACACACAAUCACUUUUAACAUUCACCCACAGCACUCUCACACACAUCACACUCAGCACUCUCACACACAUCACACUCAGCACUAUCACACACAGCACCCUCACACACAUCCCACUCAGCACUCACACACAUCGAACUCAGCACCCUCACACACAUCACCAUCACAUUCAGCACUCUCACACACAUCACACUCAGCACUAUCACACACAGCACCCUCACACACAUCACACUUAGCACUCUCACACUCAUCACACUCUGCACCCUCACACACAGCACUCUCACACUCAUCACACUCAGCACCGUCACACAAAUCACACACAGCACCCUCACACACAGCAACCACACACACAAAGCACACACCUCACACACAGCUUCCACACACACAAAUCACACACAGCACCCUCACACACAAAUCACACACACUGCACCCUUAAACACAGCACCCACACACAGCACCCAUAAACACAUCACACACAGCACCCUCGCACACAUACACAGCAUCCUCACACACAUCAAACACAGCACCCCUCAAACACAGCAUCCAUCACACACACAUACUGCACCCUUCACAUACACACUACACCCCUCACAGACACCCACUGCACCCCUCACACAUACACACAGAACCCCAACACACUGCACCAAACACACACACACAUACAAUACUUCCAAACAUAUAUAUAUUAUAUAUAUAUACAGGGAGUGCAGAAUUAUUAGGCAAGUUGUAUUUUUGAGGAUUAAUUUUAUUAUUGAACAACAACCAUGUUCUCAAUGAACCCAAAAAACUCAUUAAUAUCAAAGCUGAAUAUUUUUGGAAGUAGUUUUUAGUUUGUUUUUAGUUUUAGCUAUGUUAGGGGGAUAUCUGUGUGUGCAGGUGACUAUUACUGUGCAUAAUUAUUAGGCAACUUAACAAAAAACAAAUAUAUACCCAUUUCAAUUAUUUAUUAUUACCAGUGAAACCAAUAUAACAUCUCAACAUUCACAAAUAUACAUUUCUGACAUUCAAAAACAAAACAAAAACAAAUCAGUGACCAAUAUAGCCACCUUUCUUUGCAAGGACACUCAAAAGCCUGCCAUCCAUGGAUUCUGUCAGUGUUUUGAUCUGUUCACCAUCAACAUUGCGUGCAGCAGCAACCACAGCCUCCCAGACACUGUUCAGAGAGGUGUACUGUUUUCCCUCCUUGUAAAUCUCACAUUUGAUGAUGGACCACAGGUUCUCAAUGGGGUUCAGAUCAGGUGAACAAAGAGGCCAUGUCAUUAGAUUUUCUUCUUUUAUACCCUUUCUUGCCAGCCACGCUGUGGAGUACUUGGACGCGUGUGAUGGAGCAUUGUCCUGCAUGAAAAUCAUGUUUUUCUUGAAGGAUGCAGACUUCUUCCUGUACCACUGCUUGAAGAAGGUGUCUUCCAGGAACUGGCAGUAGGACUGGGAGUUGAGCUUGACUCCAUCCUCAACCCGAAAAGGCCCCACAAGCUCAUCUUUGAUGAUACCAGCCCAAACCAGUACUCCACCUCCACCUUGCUGGCAUCUGAGUCGGACUGGAGCUCUCUGCCCUUUACCAAUCCAGCCACGGGCCCAUCCAUCUGGCCCAUCAAGACUCACUCUCAUUUCAUCAGUCCAUAAAACCUUAGAAAAAUCAGUCUUGAGAUAUUUCUUGGCCCAGUCUUGACAUUUCAGCUUGUGUGUCUUGUUCAGUGGUGGUCGUCUUUCAGCCUUUCUUACCUUGGCCAUGUCUCUGAGUAUUGCACACCUUGUGCUUUUGGGCACUCCAGUGAUGUUGCAGGUGGCAAGUGGCAUCGUGGCAGCUGCACGCUUGACUUUUCUCAGUUCAUGGGCAGUUAUUUUGUGCCUUGGUUUUUCCACACGCUUCUUGCGACCCUGUUGACUAUUUUGAAUGAAACGCUUGAUUGUUCGAUGAUCACGCUUCAGAAGCUUUGCAAUUUUAAGAGUGCUGCAUCCCUCUGCAAGAUAUCUCACUAUUUUUGACUUUUCUGAGCCUGUCAAGUCCUUCUUUUGACCCAUUUUGCCAAAGGAAAGGAAGUUGCCUAAUAAUUAUGCACACCUGAUAUAGGGUGUUGAUGUCAUUAGACCACACCCCUUCUCAUUACAGAGAUGCACAUCACCUAAUAUGCUUAAUUGGUAGUAGGCUUUCGAGCCUAUACAGCUUGGAGUAAGACAACAUGCAUAAAGAGGAUGAUGUGGUCAAAAUACUCAUUUGCCUAAUAAUUCUGCACUCCCUGUAUAUAUACACACCACAGCACCCCUCACACACAUACUGCACCCCUAAACAUAUUACAUUCCAGACACACACUAUAUCCCUUACCCAACUAUGGAUCAUAUACACACACUAGAUCCCUUACCCAACUAUGGAUCAUAUACACACACUAGAUCCCUAUAUACACUCUGAUUCCGUUAUAUACACACACUCACUAGAUCUCAUACACAUUCUGAGUCCUUCAAACACACACUAGACUCCUGUAUACACACACACACACACACACACACUGCACCACCUACACACACUACAUUCCUAACAUACACACUCUGGAUCCCUUAUACACACACUAGAUUCCUUGGAAACAAACACAUGCUACAACCCUAAACACACACUCUCUACAACCCCUACAAACACUACAUCACCUAUAUACACACACACACACACACACACACACUAUAGCCUGUGUGCACACACUUACUACAUCCCCUAUACACACAUUCUCUUCAGCUCCUAGCCACAUAUGCAUUACAUUACACCACAAACACAACACGACUAAAACCGACCUUAUUACACAAUACCACACCACAAUCAGCUCACUCUACACACACACAAUCCCACAAGCAGGCUUCAAACACAUGCACAAUAUUCUUUCCUGGCCCUUUUGUCUCCUGGUAUCCCAUUGAUACAGACACCAGAGACAAGUUUCAAGGAAACACAGUGCAAGCAUGUUAUUAAAUUUGCUUGCACUGUGCAGAACAAAUACAGGUUUGUUUUUUUCUCAUGCUAGAGCUCUUUAGCAGAGCUCUGCCCUGGAAGAGCAUUGACCCAACGCUCACUUUGAGAGGGGGCGUGUUUGUCUUUGGUGAUGAUGAAACACACCCUCUCUGCCCCGCCCCCUUCUUAGUGGGCCGCUGUGCUAAAAAAAUGCCCGGGCUGAAUUUUUCUCCCAGUCCGGCCCUGUCUGUGUGUAUGUAUUUCAGUAUGUGUGUCUGUGUGUAUGUAUUUCAGUAGGUAUGUAUUUCAGUAUGUCUGUGUGUAUGUAUUUCAGUUUGUAUGUAUGUCUGUGUGUAUGUGUAUGUAUGUAUGUCAGUAUGUGUAUGUAUUUCAGUAUGUGUGUCUUUAUUUCAGUAUGUGUGUCUGUGUCCAGUAUGUAUGUCUGUGUGUAUGUAUUUCAGUAUGUCUGUGUGUGUAUGUGUUUGUAUGUAUGUGUAUGUAUUUCAGUAUGUAUGUGUGUCUGUAUGUGUACGUGCCUGUAUGUAUGAAUCUGUAUGUAUUAUUAUUAUGAUAUUUAUAGAGCGCCGUCAAAUUCCGCAGCGCUUUACAAAGGGUGGACGAACAGACCUACUGGAUCUACCGGAGGAGGGAAGCGAGUUCCACAGGAACGGUGCAGCCCUUGAGAAAUCUUGAAGGCAAGCAUCAGAGGGGGGAAUACGGACAGAAGAUAGACGUAAAUCUACGGCAGAUAGUAAGGGCCUAGACGGGACAUACUUGUGUAUAAGGGAGGAUAGAUAGGUGGGAGCAUGUAUGUAUGUAUGUCAGUAUGUGUAUGUAUUUCAGUAUGUAUGUCAAUAUGUAUAUCUGUGUGUAUGUAUGUGUUUGUACAUAUGUGAGUUUGUAUGGGUGUGUGAAUGUAUGUGUCUGUCUGUGUUUGUAUGUCUGUCUGUCAGAAUGUAUGUAUGUGUGUGUAUGUAUGUCCUUAUGCUUGUGUGUGUCUGUAUGUAUGUUAGUAUGUGUCUGUGUGUCUGUAUAUGUCUGUGUCUGUUUCAGCAUGUAUAGGAAUUUGUUAAAAAAAACUCAAACCUUAGUCCGGCCCCCAACCAUGUCUGAAAAGUUUGAGGACCCCUGGUCUAGAGACUAGGGAAACCCUUACCACAGACCUCUCGUAACCCUAGAGAGGUGGAUUUAAUUGGUUAUAUCCCUAUUACUUAUCUUUCUGUAUAUACUCUUCAUUUUAUAUUUUGUCCUGUGUGCUUUUUUCUCACCAUUUAGCAUAUCUCUCGCUAUUCCUUUUACGUUUUAGUUUUUGCUUCUGGAAGAUCACACUAGGCUCUGUCGCAACCAGUGCUGUAUAUUCUUCCACGAGAGCUUAAACACAUAAAGGGGGAGAUUGCUACCUCUUCAGUUAGUUCUCGUACUGCCAAUCCAUACCCGUUUGGAACUAGUGUGGUAUGCUUUAUUAUUGACUAUCUAUUAUUGAGCAUCUCACUCAGGGCUGUUACCCCUCCUAUCAGACUACACUGUUUAAUUUUUCCUAGUACUUUUUAGAGUUGCUAAUAAAGUUAUUUUUGUUAUUUAUUAUUGUUUUCUCCUUUAGGAUUUUAUUGGAGUGGAUUGGAAAUUUAAACUUGUGGUCACUUUCUAUUCAAGUGACACCUUUGGUUCUCUACUAUUUAUUAAUGCAAAAAUAUCAUCCAAUGUGUGCACAAUCACCAUAUCUCUGUUUUUAAAAGGCCAGUGUGCCUCCAUUAAAAUUGAGUUCUUGCUUAACCAUCAACACGUAGCUUGGUCUCGUGAUUGGAGGGUAACUGCUAUAUUCACACUGGUGAUUGCUAUACUCCUUAUACUCCCCUGGGUUCUAACCCCUAGCUCUUGUAAGAGCUGUUCCUGCUACGCUCUCUGAAGUAGGAGAGGUCUUUCCCACACGGUCCUGGAUAUCAGAGGUUGGUCCAGGGUGGGAGGAGGACGGCGAGAUCCCAGCUAAGCUACGGCGGUUGUGGAGUCUGUGGUGCUUGUGGUGUCUGGUGCGGUGCUUAUGGUCCUCGGCGUCAGCUAGGAAGCAUCUGUUGGCGGAGGUGCCCAGUUGGGGCACCAGGUGAUCCGUUACAGUCCCUUUAACGAUUUAUCAUUCUUUGCAAAUUAUAAUGCACAGUGACUAUUGAAUAUGGACCACUAAUAAGAAACAUGAUACUUCCCAUAAUGGUGAUGAUAAUAAGGAAGUCAUACUCAUAAAAUAUAUUUGUUUUGUAUCUGUUGAGGUGAUUGAAUAAGAAGAUAUUGGCUCAUUAUAGUGUGGCCCCUUUUCCGGAGGAUGAUGAUGCAUACAAGGUCGGAUUUAUAUUUCAAGUGCCUAGAAGCAUAAAAUUCUCUGCUUCUAUCUCCCCCAAAAAACAUCGGUUCUUUGUUGCUUGCUAUUUGGCUUUGGAUUACAAAAUAAUCAGGGGGUACAUAUUUGAAUGACUAUGCAUGACAAAUGCAAUAACUAUUUAGGAAAAUGGAAAUAUAAGUAAACGUUGAUGGGCACCUGUAGCCAGUUACCUGCUCUGGUUUUUGUAAAUCUGGCUUUGGCAAGGGGAAAAAAAUUUCAGGCUUACAGAAGCAGUUCGUCCUCAGUAAUGAACAAUCAGAGAAUGGAGAGAUCUGUGUCACAUUCCUGUCAGCAGCUCAAAAGGUCAUUACACAUCAGUUCCAGUCAUCUCUCGAUGGCAUGUUGGACAAAAGGGAUCUAUGUGACCAGAGCCAAAUAAAGCUUUGCGGUGCCCUCUGAAUAAUAAACGUUCCCAGGUAUAGACUCGGUAUAAAGAAUAUGAGACUGCUGGAGUAUCUUAAAGCUUUAACAAGGUUGGAUGUGGUUUAUAGGAAGACGGUGUACGAAAUCCCAAUUAGAUCAAGAUGGUAGCCAUUGUACAAGAUUCAGGAAAUUGCAAACUCAUCUAAAGAGAUUAAUUUACAAUAAGUAUAAAACGCAGUCAGUACUUACAGACAUCCCAACUUUUCAUAGCGGCUCCUUGACAAUCGCAAAUCAUAAACAAUAUCCCAGAAAUCACACACACAAUCUGCCAUAUAAUGUAUGUGUGUGUCAGUGUGUGUAAAUACCAGUGUGUGUAUCUGUGUGUCUAGGUGUGUGCAUGUGUCAGGGUAUGAAUAGUGAUUGUAGUGUGUGUUAUUAAAUAAAUAGUUACAUUAUAAUAAAAUGUCCUAUCCUUGUUCAUACAUGUUUGGUAGCUUGGUGUGUGUGUUUGGGGGGCUGGUGUGGCACAGUAUCUCAUGAAACUACCUCCAUGAAAUGAGAUUUUGCACACUGGGAUGUCUUUAUAUAUGAAAUUAACUAUUUAACGCUUAUCAAUGUUUGCUUGUUUUUUAAAGCAAAUGUCAUAAUUUACAAAAGGUUAAAGGAACACUUUGGGCACCAUAACAACAUUAUCUUUAUUCGCACAGUCUGUUUAAAUUAUAUUUUUUUUUCUCCUGUACAUUUACAAUUCUACUAGAGCCUGCAGGAGCCUUCUGUGUGUGAUUCAAGUUUAAUUAACAGAGCGGAAGAUAAAGACAUCUGAAGUAAAACACUAUACUGAUUAAUGGAAAUGAAACAUUUUUUUCAUGCAAACUGUGGAAGUGGCUAGGGCUGCAUAGACAAAAACAAAAGUGAUUUAACGCUUAAAUGACAGAGAAUUGAGCAGCGAGAAUGAAACUGCAGGGGGAUGAUCUAUACACCAUAACUGCUUCAUUAACCCCUUAGGGACACAUGAUGGAAAUAUUCCGUCGUGAUUCCCUUUUAUUCCAGAAGUUGUGUCCUUAAGGGGUUAAGCUAAAGUUGUUUUGAUUAUUAUUAUUAUUUAUAAAGCGCCAGCAAGUUCUGUAGCACUUUACAAUGGGUGGAUAACAGACACGUAUUGGUAACCAGAAAAGCUUGAUGAACAGAAACAUAGUUAGAGGGAGAAGGGUAUAGUGACACAAAAUGUAAGGGUAGGGUAGAAACCUAGAAUAGUAUUCGUUGAGGGCUUAGUGUUUUGUCUUGAUGUUUAGAGUAUCUCUUUAAAAAGAAAGAAGAAUUAGACUAUUUAAUCAUUUUAAUAGUAUAUCAGUUUUAAAAAGAGAAAACGAAAGUGGUUGAUAUAUUUAAGUCGUUGCUGGUAUGAAUGAUCACAAAGAUAAGUAAAUGAUAAAACAAUCAGAUGCAAAAAAAAAUGCAACAAAUAGGAAAAGGAAUAGCUGAAAGCGAAACUCUCAGUUUUAUAACUAUGAAUCAACUGAACAAAAUAUGUGUGAAACUAAACUUUCCUACAGGAGGAAUAUAUGCAAUACUAUACAUACUGUACUUUGGACUUUCACAGAGAGAUAUCGAUAGAUUAAGGUGUGGACUUGCACUGCACUGUCUAUUAAGUACACCUAUAACAAAGCUUUUUUUUUCUUUUUUUCUUUAAUUUUUCAGAUAUAAAACAAUGAAAAUACAUCACAAAUGUAUAGAGAAAAAGGAAUGAGCACCGCAGGGUGCCAUGGGGAAGUUACAGUCUUCAUCAGGUGUUAAAUUGGAAUGCACAAACUUGGACUGUGCAAAGUCCUACAUAUUCCAGAUUGAACCAUCCCCAAGAUUACCUAGCAAUAUAGAACCACCAGGUGGCAUUAGGUUAUAGGCUCAACCCUUAGUCAACAUUCUAAUCAGAAUGUGCACAGAAAGUGGCAAAUGGUAAGUAAAGUCUAACUCUUCACUUCUGUAAUCCUAAACUUGAUUUACAUCGUCUGUCUGUCUGCAUUCCUUUUCAUAUUGGCCUUUUUACAGGUACUCUCUGCUUGCAUACAUUUUGCCUAUCCAUACUCUGCGCCAAGCUGGCCACUCUAAGGACUGGUAUACAUUUCUGUCCUGUCGUUUCCCUACGUUUGCAUGUUAGGUUAGGUUAGCCUUGACAUAAUCUAUAUUGUAUAUGUUAUACAAUAGUUUUAUAGAGUUUCCAUACACUUAUCUGAGAUAUCUAAGAAAUGAAAGUGAAACACAACUGAAGGUGUAUAAAACGCAGAUGAGUCCAGAUAUCUCAAGCAUUCCUUGGAAAACAGAGAGACGGUGAGUAUCUGGGAAGGAUAGAAUUAAAGGUACUGGGAGAGUAUACAAUCGUAUCAGUAAAGUAUCAGAACCACCUGUAAUCAGGUUUGAGGUCAACUUGCAUGUAUUUUGAUGUGUUCUUCCUCAGCCUCAAAGCACCAAUGGACCAACCCUGACAUUUUUUGGGGUCACAGUUGCACUUAUAUAAUAAUACAGGAAUGUUUCUGUGUACAGAUGGAUUUUGGAAGCUCCUUAUGGAAAGUAAUUGGGUAAGCUUUCAUCCAUAGGCUUCCAUCCUCACUAGUAGCAGAUACACUUCAGUGUCCUUCGUUAUUAAUGUCAAAAUUGCCUCUGUCUGUCUCCUUUUCAUCACUAACCCAUCUUUAUUUUUCAUCCCAUUAUCUUCAUAGUCUAUUAAAACACAGCGGUCAAAAAUGAUAGUAAUAAAAACAGAAAUUCAAGGGUGAACAGAACACGACUUGGCUUGAGUCAUGCUUUUCUAGAUAACAGAGAAAAAGUACUACACAGAAUGAUGAUGUUGUCACGUAGGGUGGCCAGAUUAAGUAGUGGGAAGUGAAUAGUUGGUAGGGGGGAUACAAUGGACUGUUUGCCUUGUUGAAGCAUGUAUGAUGGUGUGAUUUCAGAUGCCAGUUUGACCAGAAGGUAGGUAUGUAUUGUAGGAAGUUACUGUCUGAUUUAGAUCUCUGUACAGUUUUGUACUGCAAUACAAGCUUUAAAUAAAUUUUUAUAUGUAUUUUCUUGACUGGUGUAUUGUCCAAAUCUCAGAAACGUAGAUUUUACUUUUUGUGCACUUUUAUAGGUUUUAUAGGUAUAUAUAUAUAUAUAUAUACAAGGACGUAUUAGCCGCGAGGCAAACAAGGCAUCUGCCUUGGGCAGCAUUUUUCAGGGGGCGGCAAAACAAGCCGCCCCCCAAAUGCCCAGGGCAAAUGCCUAGGCUGGCGAGGGAGCUCUUCCCCUGAGCGGUCUGCUCAGCUCCCUCGCGUGCCGCAUGAGGCUGGGAGCCGGAAUAUGACGUCAUAUUCCGGCUCCUAGCAUCACUCUGCGGCGCGUGAGGGAGCUGAGCAGAAUGCUCAGAGGAAGUGCUCCCUCGCCAGCCGCCUGCCAGCACCCAGCAGCCAGCCCAUCAGCCCGACCGGCAGCCACUGGACCCCAGGGAGAAAGAGAACCCCCCUCAGCAUUCCCAAAGGUAAGGAGGCUGGGGGGUGGGGGGGGGUUGGAAAAAAAAAGUGUUAAUGUGAGUGAUUGUGUGUGUGUGUGUGUCUCUGACUCUGUGUGUGUGUGUGUGUGUGUCUGACUGUGUGUGUGUGUCUCUGACUCUGUGUGUGUGUGUGUGUGUGUGUGUCUGACUGUGUGUGUGUGUGUCUGACUGUGUGGUCUGACUGUGUGUGUGUGUCUGACUCUGUGUGUGUGUCUGACUCUGUGUGUGUGUGUGUGUCUGACUCUGUGUGUGUGUUGUGCCUGACUCUGUGUGUGUGUUUGUGUCUGACUGUGUGUGUGUGUGUGUUUGUCUGUGAGUGUGUGUGUUUGUGUGUGUGUUUGUGUCUGACUGUGUGUGUUUGUGUCUGACGGUGUGUUUGUGUCUGAGUGUGUGUGUUUGUGUCUGACAGUGUGUGUGUGUGCCUGGACAGCUGUGUGUGUGUGUGUCUGACUGUGUGUGUGUGUGUGUCUGCCAGUGUGUCUGACAGUGUGUGUGUGUGUGUGUCUGACUGUGUGUGUCUGACUAUGUGUGUUUGUGUCUGUGUGUGUGUUUGUGUCUGACUGUGUGUGUGUGUGUGUUUGUGUCUGUGUGUGUGUUUGUGUAUGCGUCUCGACUGUGUGUGUUUUUGUGUGUGUGUCUGACUGUGUGUGUGUGUGUGUGUCUGACAGUGUGUGUGUGUGUGUGUCUGACUGUGUGUGUCUGACUGUGUGUGUUUGUGUCUGUGUGUGUGUUUGUGUCUGACUGUGUGUGUGUGUGUGUGUUUGUGUCUGUGUGUGUGUGUUGUGUCUGACUGUGUGUUGUGUGUGUGUCUGACUGUGUGUGUGUGUGUGUAUGUGUGUGUGUGUCUGACUGUCUGACAGCCAUCUUCUGAUGGUAUGUUUGGGAAAGGAGUCUACAUUUCAAGAGAAGCAAGCAAAGCUGAACGAUACCCUCUGGGUGAAAAACAUGACCAAGGUAUCUUAGAACUCAGUGUGAAAGUGGGUAAAGUUAAGAAGAUAAUUCAUCAGGGGCAUCCUCUGCAGAGGACAUGGCAUGACCGUGGCUAUGAUACAGCAUGGGUGCCUCCUGUUUGUGGUAUGGUUGAAAGUGAACUAGAAGAGGAUUGUAUUUGGGAUCCCAAUAGGAUCAAGAUGAUAGGCAUUGUUAAAGCUCCAGGAAAAUCAAAAGCUCAUCUACAGAACUUAGUGAGACAACAUAUUCACAAAAAGAAACGUAUUUUCAUUACCCUACAAGGCACAAUAAGUAAUUGCACAAAACAUGCAAAUAAGACAUAAAUAUUCACAGCCACCUGAAAGAAAAUAUACAGCAUCAGUUCCUAAAUUUCCAAGUAUACAAUUUAAAGACUUAAUACAACCAACUUGAUUACAUGAAAAGAAGUGACUUUUUGGGAGAGGGCAGAGGUGUAAUUAGGUUACUUGGCACCUCAUGUGAAAUUUGUAUUUUGGCACCCUCUUAACCUCUGAGGAAUUUGUAAUUUUUUUGAGUCACACUACAUCUGCCAUCACCUCUUGUAUCCUGACUGUGUAUUACCCCUUACUCCCUUGUGUGUCUCUCAACACACCAUAAACCAUUGUGUUUCUCUUACCACCCCUUUGUUAUCUAUUAUCCCCUUUUGUCCCUUGUUUGUCUCUAAAUCCAUGUUCUAGUGAGUACAAAUUCACCCCUGGUGGGUAUACCAUGGCUUACAGUAGUGAGUUACUCUUAAGACCUGACAAGAAGUAUAAGACUUCAAAUUUUCAGCCCUGCUCUAACUCGUUUAGAAGAGUGGGAGCUCAAUAGAGGGCCUUCAUUGUCCUCUGCUGAUCAGAUAGGGAGGUAGGAAAUUUUCAAGAUAAACUUUUUAUUGUGGAAAAAAAAUACAGUUUCUUCCUUUUAAAUAUCCAGUUGUCUGUGCAAGUCUGAAAGAUAAUACCUAAGAAUGAAAGGAUCUGCUAGAAACAAAACAUGAUUAUUUUAAACUUUUUUCGAUAGUGUACCUAAAAAGUCAAUUUUGCAUCAUGUUGUUUACUAUUAACAGUGGUAUGUUAAAAUAUAUAUAGAUCAAUAUAUCCUAUUAAUCUAGUAUUUGCAGAGGUGAGUGAAUAUUAACUUUUUUUUGUUCUAAUAGCUAUGGCUUUUUCACUGGAUUGUGGAAAGUUUGAAGAACCAAAGAACAAGAAAGGACAUAUUUACACUAUGUAUUAUGGCACAACCCUGGAAGCAGCUGAAAACAUCAUUGCAGAUGGAUUCAACCCUUCUUUUGAUGGUAUGUUAGGGAGAGGGGUCUACCUUUUUGUAAAAGGAAACAAAGCUGUACAGUACCCUUUGGGUGAUAAACAUCAAAAAGUUAGCGAAGAACACAGUGUGAAAGAGGGUAAAGUUAAGUCGAUCGAUCAUCAGGGGCAUACUUUGCAGAAGGCAUGGUAUGAUCAUGGUUAUGAUACAGCUUGGGAACCUCCUGAUUGUGGUAUGGUUAAAAGUGAACUUGAAAAGGAUUGUGUUCUGUACGCCAGUAGGAGCAAGGUAAUAGGCAAUGGGAAAACUCCAGGAAAAUCUAAGGCUCAUCGACAGACUUUAAAAAGGCAAGACAAUGAAGUAAUUCCUAAAGUUAAUCUUGAUCAUGAUGAAAAACCAAAGGAUGAACAUAUUUACACUAUGUAUCAUGGCACAACCUUGGAAGCAGCUCAAAACAUCAUUCCAUAUGGAUUCCAGCCAUCUUCUGAUGGUAUGUUAGGGAAAGGAGUCUACAUUUCAAGAGAAGCAAGCAAAGCUGAACGAUACCCUCUGGGUGAAAAACAUGACCAAGUUAUCUUAGAACUCAGUGUGAAAGUGGGUAAAGUUAAGAAGAUAAAUCAUCAGGGGCAUCCUCUGCAGAGGACAUGGCAUGACGGUGGCUAUGAUACAGCAUGGGUGCCUCAUGGUUGUGGUAUGGUUGAAAGUGAACUAGAAGAGGAUUGUAUUUGGGAUCCCAAUAGGAUCAAGGUGAUAGGCAUUGUUAAAGCUCCAGGAAAAUCAAAAGCUCAUCUACAGAACUUAGUGAGACAACAUAUUCACAAAAAGAAACAUAUUCUCAUUAUGCAGCAUGGCACAACCUUAGAAGAAGCUCAAAAACUAAUUUGUAAAGGAUUUCAGUCAUCACCUGAUGGUAUGUUAGGAAAAGGAGUCUACAUUUACAAAAAUGCAGAAAAAUACUCACCUUAUCCUCAGGAUGAAAAUAAUUCAUGUUUCCAGGUUAUACUACAACUCAGAGUUAAUGUGGGAAAUGUUGUAAUGAUAGAUCGUCAGGGCCAUCCUCUGCAGAAGACAUGGUAUACAAAAUAUGAUGCAGUUUGCAUGCCAGCAGGUAGUCCAUUGGUUACAAAUGGACUAGAGCAGUACUGUAUACGGAAUCCCUCUAGGAUUAAGAUCUUACAGAUUGUAAAAGCCCCCGAAAACGCCUUACUUCAUCUCCAGAUUUUAACUAAACAGCAUGUUCCAGGCUUUAGCAAAAAGCAUAUCCCAAGAAAGAAACGUCCAAAAAAGAAAAAUAUUUGUGAAACCUCGGAUGAAGUUCAAAAAGUCAUUUCUAAUGGAUUUCAGUUGUCAGCUGAUGACAUGUUAGGGAAAGGAGUCAACAUUUCUAGCAGUGUAGUAGAAAUCUCACGACAUACUCUGGAUGAUAAGAAAGGUUUUGAAGUUGUCUUAAAACUCAGAGUUAAUGUGGGUAAAAUCCAGGUGAUAGAUUGUCAGGGUCACCCGCUGCAGAAGACUUGGAAUAAACAAUAUGAUACAGCCUAUGUACCUGCAGACUGUGGCAUGGUGGAAAGUGGGGUAGAGGUUUAUUGUGUCAGGGACCCCAGUAGGAUUAAAGUGAUAGACAGUGUAUAG